AGUUCUGACUAAAUGGAUAUUGAUCUGGAUUAUGAGCGACCCAACGUCGAAACUAUUAAGUGCGUUGUAGUUGGAGAUAAUGCAGUGGGCAAAACACGAUUGAUCUGCGCCCGUGCCUGUAACGCUACUCUCACUCAGUACCAGCUCCUAGCCACCCAUGUGCCCACUGUUUGGGCUAUCGACCAAUACAGAGUGUGCCAGGAGGUAAGUGACGACGUACAGUGCUAGAGGCAGGUUGUCAGUCAAUAUCUUUUUUUUUUUUUUAAAGGAAUUCUAUAGUGCCAGGAAAACAUAUCCCAUUUCCUGGCACUAUUGAAUCCUAUAUUCCCCUCCCUCCCCCGCACUCCCCCUCCAGCAGCGCUGAAGAUCAUAAAACCUCUUCAAUCACUUGCCUAAAUCCAGCGCAGAUGUCCUUUUAACAUGCUCCUCCACCACAGGCAUCAGCCGGCAAGGAGACCUAAUGCGCAUGCACAGCAAUGGCUGUGCUCGCCUUAGGAUUUCCUUACAGGAAAGCAUUAUUCAAUGUUGGAUUGGAUGUUGUGAUGGAACCUCCGCCGACGGAUGCUCCUAGUGCUCACCAAGGACCAUCAGUACCGCACCAGACACCAUAAGCACUGCAGACCCCAUGAACCGCCACAGCUUGGUUGACGUCUCGCCGUCUUCUAACCACCCUGGACCUACGACAAGGUUCCAGUGGGUAACUCUCUCCUCCAGGAGAGUAUAGCAGGAUCAACUGUAGAGUUCAUACAAGAGCUAGUAGAAUCCAAGGGAGUAUAAUGAUUAUAGCAAUCCCUGUAAUGAUUAUAGCAAUCCCUGUAAUGAUUAUAGCUGUUACCUUCAACAUUGGGUAAUAAAUUAUAGCUGUUGCCUACAACAUUGCGUAUUGGGUAAUAAAUAUAAAAGAAAUAAAUUACAUAGUUACAUAGCUGAAAAGAGACUUGCAUCCAUCAAGUUCAGCCUUCCUCACAAAUGUUGUUGCUGUUGAUCCAAAAGAAGGCAAAAAACCUGGUCUGAAGCACUUCCAAUUUUGCCACAAACUAGGAAAAAAUUCCUUCUUGACCCCAAAAUAGCAGUCAGAUGUCUCCUUGGAUCAAGCAGCUAUUACCCACUAAUUAGAAAUUAUAUCCCUGUAUGUUAUGAUUUUGUAAGUAUUUAUCCAAUUUCAGUUUAAACAUCUGUAUGGACUCUGACAAAACCACCUCUUCAGGCAGAGAAUUCCAUAUCCUUAUUGUUCUUACUGUAAAAAAACCUUUUUUUUUGCCUUAGAUGAAAUCUCCUUUCUUCCAGCCUAAAUGUGUGACCUCGUGUCCUAUGUAUAACCCUGUUUAUGAAUAGAUUUCCAGAUAAAGGUUUGUACUGGCCCCGAAUAUAUUUGUAUAAAGUUAUCAUAUCCCCUCUCAGGCGCCGUUUUUCCAAACUAAACAGAUUUUAUUUUUUUAACCUUUCUUCAUAAUUAAAAUUCUCCAUUCCUUUUAUCAAUUUUGUAGCUCGUCUCUGGACCCUCUCCAGUGCCAUGAUAUCCUUCUUUAGAACAGGCGCCCAAAAUUGCACAGCAUAUUAAAGGUGUGGUCUUACCAGCGAUUUUAUAAAGAGGCAAAAUUAUAUUUUCAUCCCGAGAAUUUAUGCCCCUAUUUAUACAUGACAAAAUCUUACUGGCCUUAGCAACUGCAGAUUGACAUUGCAAUGUGGCUUAGUAGAGAAGUAAAACAAGAGAUUUAAAAAAAAAAAAAGGGCAUUUAAGUCAGAGGCAUCCUAUAUAAGCUAUAAGGAAGCCAAUAAUGUUUGCAAAAAGGAAAUUAAAGUGGCUAAGCUAGAAAAUGAGAAAUUGGUAGCCAAAGAAUGUAAAACCAACCCCAAAUUUUUUUUCAAGUACAUCAAUUCUAAAAAAAAUGAAAGUGUAGAUAUACUUUAUGAGAGUUGGGUUUGUUAGCUAAUGAAGACCGGGAAAAAGCAGAAAUUUUAAAUAACUAUUUUUCUUCAGCAUAUAUUAAAGGACCACUAUAGUCCAGGAAAACAUACACUCAUACUAUAGGUUACCUUCAGGGUCCCCCUCCCGCCGGACUCUAGGGGGUGGAAGGGGUUAAACGUAUCUCUAGCGCCGGGCGGGGGACUCUCCUCCUCCUCGGCUGCAUGCGCGGCAGGAGCUGCGCGCGCAUUCAGCCAGUCUCAUAGGAAAGCAUUUACAAUGCUUUCCUGUGGACGCUUGCGUCUUCUCACUGUGAUUUUCAAUGAGACAGCCACCAGAGGCUAGAUUAACACUAUUAUAAACAUAGCAGUUUCUCUGAAACUGCUAUGUUUAUAGAAAAAAGGGUUAAACCUGGCACCCAGACCACUUCAUUAAGCUGAAGUGGUCUGGGUGCCUAUAGUAGUCCUUUAAUGAGGAUUCUAUGGCAAGUGAUAUGCAAAUGAUUGCUGCAAAAACUUGCGGAUAACUUGUGAUUGUAGCACCUUGUCUCGAGUUAUCCAAUCACAAGUUAUCCGCAAGUUUUUGCAGCAAUCAUUUGCAUAUCACUUGCCAUAGAAUCCUCAUUAAAGGACCACUCUAGGCACCCAGACCACUUCAGCUUAAUGAAGUGGUCUGGGUGCCAGGUCCCUCUAGGAUUAACCCCUUUUUUAUAAACAUAGCAGUUUCAGAGAAACUGCUAUGUUUAUAAAUGGGUUAAUCCAGCCUCCAAAUCCUCUAGUGGCUGUCUCAUUGACAGCCGCUAGAGGUGCUCGCGUGCUUCUCACUGUGAAAAUCACAGUGAAAAGACACAAGCGUCCAUAGGAAAGCAUUAUGAAUGCUUUCCUAUGAGACCGGCUGAAUGCGAGCAGCUCUUACCGCGCAUGUGCAUUCAGCCCAGGAGGAGGAUCGGAGGCGGAGAGGAGGAGAGCUCCCCGUCCGGCGCUGGAAUAAAUGUAAGUUUAACCCCUUUCCUUUCCAUCCAGCUCGUCCCGAGGGGGUCCCUGAGGGUGGGGGCACCCUCAGGGCACUAUAGUGCCAGGAAAACGAGUGUUUUCCUGGCACUAUAGUGGUCCUUUAACCCCUGCUAGUGUUUAAACAAAAAAAAAACGUGUGUGUGUGUGUGUGUAUGUAUAUAUAUAUAUGUGUAUAUGUAUAUGUGUGUGUGUGUGUGUGUGUGUGUGUGUGUGUGUGUAUAUAUAUAUAUAUAUAUAUAUAUAUAUAUAUAUAUAUAUAUAUAUAUAUUCAUAUUCAUACUAAGUGUAUUUUUAUAUUAAUAUAAAAAUACACUUAUAAUUAAAUUACACGUGUGUGUGUGUGUGUGUGUGUAUAUGUAUGUAUAUAGUGUGUGUGUGUGUAUAUAUAUAUAUAUAUAUAUAUAUAUAUAUAUUAUAAAAUAUAAAUAAGUAAUUUAAAUUUUUUUUUAAAAUAAUAAUAAAAAUUGAAAAAAAAAAUAUAUCUAUAUGAAAUUUUAUUCUAACUGUAUUUUAAAAUUAAUAUAUAUAUAUAUAUAUAUAUAUAUAUAAAUAAUACAAAAUAUACAUAUGUCCAUAUACAAAAUUACAUAAAUAAUUAAAUAUACACGUAGACUUCAAAUAUAUAAAUAUGCAUAUAUAUUUAAAUUCUACGUGCAUAUUUAUGUAAUAUUUUUACAUAAUUAAGUAAUUUUAUUGAUUGCAAUUUGAGGGACCUGCCUGCCAACCCAGGCCAAAAGUCCAGAGAAUUUAAUUUGCUAGCACUGUAUUUUACCCUGUAACGUUCUACGACACCCUAAAACCUGUACAUGGGGGGUACUGUUUUACUCGGGAGACUUCGCUGAACACAAAUAUUAGUGAUUCAAAACAGUAAAACAUAUCACAGCGAUGAUAUUGUCAGUGAAAGUGACUUUUUUUGCAUUUUUCACACACAAACAGCACUUUUACUGAUGAUAUAAUUGUUGUGAUACGUUUUCCAGUUUUUAAACACUAAUAUUUGUGUUCAGCGAUGUCUCCGAGUAAAACAGUACCCCCCAUGUACAGGUUUUAUAGCAUUUUUGAAAGUUACAAGGUCAAAUAUAUGGGUCAAAUAUUUUUACAUUGAAAAUGGCCAGGUUGGUUACGUUGCCUUUGAGAGCGUAUGGUAGCCCAGGAAUGAGAAUUACCCCAUGAUGGCAUACCAUUUGCAAAAGAAGACAACCCAAGGUAUUACAAAUGGGGUAUGUCCAGUCUUUUUUAGUAACCACUUGGUCACAAACACUGGCCAAAAUUAGCGUUCAAUUUAGUUUUUUUACUUUUUUCACACACAAACAAAUAUGAAUGCUUACUUUGGCCAGUGUUUUCGACUAUGUGGCUACUAAAAAAGACUGGACAUACCCCAUAUUGAAUACCCUGGGUUGUCUACUUUAACACCCCACAUGUACAUUUUUUUUUUUUAUUCAGAGAUUUAUGACAGAUAAUAGUGUUACAAUGCCACUAUUGAUAAAUUUUAAAAAUGUAUGUUUUGAAACCGCAAUAUCCUACUUGUACCUAUAGCCCUAUAACAUGCAAAAAAAGCACGUAAACACUGGGUAUUUUUAAACUCACGACAAAAUUUUGAAUCUAUUUAGCAGUUUUUUUUCAUUGGCUUUUGUAGAUGAGUAAAAGAUUUUUCAAGUAAAAGUAAAAAAACAUGUAUUUUUUUUUUUUUUCAAUUUUUCAUAUUUUUUUUAAAAUUAAAAUACAAGAGAUUAUAUAAAUAAUGGUAUGUAAAGAAAGCCCCUUUUGUCCUGAAAAAUAUAUAUAUAUAUAUAAUUUGUAUGGGAACAGUAAAUGAGAGAGCGGAAAAUUACAGCCAAAGACAAACACCACAAAAGUGUAAAAAUAUGCCUGGUCGCAAAUGUACAACAUCGCAAAAACAGUCCAGUCCUUAAGGGGUUAAAGAAAAUUAAUGUAAAUAAAGCUCCGUAAGUAGAAGUAUAGAUCAGGGUGUUGCAGUGGAUGUGAUCUACUUGGAUUUUGCCAAGGCAUUUGAUACGGUUCCUCACAAUAGGUUUGUCUUCAAACUAAAAGAAAUUGGUCUAGAUGAAUAUUCUUGUUCUUGGGUAGAACAUUGGUUUAAGGAUAGAGUACAACGAGUUAUCAUUAAUGGUAAAUUUUCAGGCUGGAUAAAAGUGGUAAGUGGUGUCCCUCAGGGUUCUGUUCUGGGACUGCUUCUAUUUAGCAUAUUUAUAAAUGAUCUUGAAAUAGGCAUUGAAAGCCAUGUAUCAGUGUUUGCAGAUGACACAAAACUUUGUAACGUAAUAAAAUGUGAGCAGGAUAUUGCUUUGCUGCAGUGGGAUUUGGAUAGAUUGGGGGACUGGGCACUAAAAUGGCAGAUGAAAUUUAACGUAGAGAAAUGCAAAGGAAUGCACAAGCAGUUUACACCCUAAAUGGUAGUGAAUUGUUGGAUAACCACACACGAGAAGGAUUUGGGAGUUGUUCUAGACAACAAAUUAGGCAGCAAUGUCAAUCUGCAGUUGCUAAGGCCAGUAAGGUUUUGUCAUGUAUAAAUAGGGGCAUAAAUUCUCAGGAUGAAAAUAUAAUUUUGCCUCUUUAUGAAUCGCUGGUAAGACCACACCUUGAAUAUGCUGUGCAAUUUUGGGCACCUGUUCUAAAGAAAGAUGAUAUGGCACUAGAAAAAGUGCAGAGACGAGCUACAAAACUGAUAAAAAAGAAUUGAGGAUUUUAGUUAUAAAGAAAGGUUAAAGGGACAUUAGUCACCUGAACAACUUCAGCUUAAUGAGGUUGUUCAGGUGAGAACUAUAGCUCCCUGCAGCAUUUCUCAUGUAAACACUGUAUUUUCUGAGAAAAUACAGUGUUUACAUUGAUAGCUAGGAACACCUCCAGUUGCAGUCACUCAGAGUGAACCAGAGGGACUUCGGAGUUGAUGGAGGCAUAAUAUGCCUCCAUCCACUCAGAUCUACUGUCAGCAGAGCACAGGGCAGCACUGUGCACAGCAUCCUAUGAUUCAUUAUCUACUCCCUCUGCAUGCAGGCACUGAACUUUCCUCAUAGAGAUUCAUUGAUUCAAUUCAUGUCUAUGAGGAGAUGCUGAUUGGCCAGGGCUGUGUUUGAAUCAUGUUGGCUCUGCCCCUGAUCUGCCUCCUUGUCAGUCUCAGCCAAUCCUAUGGGGAAGCACUGUGGUUGGAUCAGGCUACCACAUGUCAGCAGACUGCUUGUUUUUCGCAGUCUAACAGCAUGCAGAUUUACAGCUUCAAGCUUGAAUACAGUAAGAGUUUUACUAUAUUUAUGGAGGCAUGAAGGGCCCAGGGGGGCUAUUUGGUGGUGUUUAACACUAUAGGGUCAGGAAUACAUGUUUGUGUUCUUGACCCUAUAGUGAUGCUAAAAAAAAAAAAAAAUUCUGUUUAGUUUGGAAAAAUGGUGCCUGAGAGGGGAUAUGAUAAAAUUAUACAAAUAUAUUCGGGGCCAGUACAAACCUUUAUCUGGAAAUCUAUUCAUAAACCGUGUUAUACAUAGGACACAAGGUCACACAUUUAGGCUGGAAGAAAGGAGAUUUUAUCUAAGGCAAAGAAACUUUUUUUUACAGUAAGAGCAAUAAGGAUAUGGAAUUCUCUGCCUGAAGAGGUGGUUUUGUCAGAGUCACUACAGAUGUUUAACCUGCAAUUGGAUAAAUACUUGCAAAAACAUAACAUACAGGGAUAUAAUUUCUAAUUAGUGGAGUAAUAGCUGCUUGAUUCAGUGAGACAUCUGACUGUUAUUUUGGGGUCAAGAAGGCUUUUUUUCCUAGUUUGUUGCAAAAUUGGAAGUGCUUCAAACUAGGUUUUUUGCCUUCUUUUGGAUCAACAACAAUAAACAUAUGUGAGGGAGGCUGAACUUGAUGGGCGGAAGUCUCUUUUCAGCUAUGUAACUGUGAGACGAGGCUGCGAGUUGAGGGUAGAAGGUCUGUGAGUUUAAUGGUGCAGGUUGGAUUUUUUUUUUUUUAUACAACUUUUCAGGCCAGAGGAACAACUACUGGACCUGAUUGGGCACAAGUACACAAAUUGUACAGACCGAUAGAAACAAUGUAACAAUGCCUGACACUCCCACAUACAGCACACAAUCCCUCCCCUCUGCCUGUGAUACAAUUAAGGUAAAUAAUGUGUUAACGUAAUUAUCCCCAAGCAUAAAAAACACAUAUUUUACAAAGUCUCCUAAGUACCCCCAAAAUACAAUACAUCCCCUGAUAGCCCUGAUCUGGGUGAACAACAUAUCCCAAAAUCACCCAGACCAGAGCAGGGGUUCAAAAGUUUUAUGGAAGUCAUAAUUUUGCGCAGGCAUGGUCCCAUGCCCAAAACAGUUCCAUAGAAUUAGGCUGUGUUAGAACAAAUUAGAACAAACUACCGAACGGAGUCAAAAGUCUUACCCUGCAGCUUGUUCCCUUCAUCCAGACGAAUGUCACCGAACAGUGCCCUUCUAAGCUGAAUAGAAACAAACGCAGGCGAUGAUGGAAGUCCAGCGGUGUUCGGGAGUUUCUGUAUACGAUUUCAGUUCCAUGAGAUUCAAGCGAACAAAAUGACCGUCACCUCGUGGUUGUUCAUAGGAAUUGCAGCCACCCAGACAAACAAUUAGAACACUGGUGAGAAACGUUCCAAGUGGUUAAUAGGUGUUAACAAGCUCCAGGGUGGUCUCUGGUCGUGCGGUUGUUCGUUAAACUAAUCAUAUAGUCCCAAUUGCCCGAACAGAUCAUGUUUGAAGUAUAUUAGUCAAUUCUAUUGCAGGGGCCUUAGUCACAGGGUUAAAGGCUGGCAAGUAGUCCUCUCCAAAGCCCAGUGGUGAAGUGGCUUUCGUCACACACCUUCUCUUCCUGGGGGAGACUAACCAGGUACCUGACCUUCUGUCGGUCGGUGCCUGAGUUAGUCGAGCAACCUACCCACCCACAAGCAGCAAGUACUGGACCUGGGGACUCCUGUAGUCUGUCUCGGUUCUGUAUGGCCCCAAGGGUUACGUGGACCUUUGGUAUUCCCUGUUUUUUAGGCUUGAGUUGGAGUAACCUGGCAGGUAGAGACCAACGGUGCUCUGUCCAGUUACCAGCGGUUCUCCUGGGAAAAUGGGUACAUAGUCCUGCCAUGUAACAAGGGGGAAGUUAGAGCAGAGGCCAGCAGUGCUCUGCCCUGAUGCCAGCUCUUCUGCUGGGAGGGGACCGGUGGGGUUUGCAUUUACUGACCCCAGUACGUGAGGACGUCCAGCGUCAGAUAACGGACAAAAGGUCUAUUCCAAACCAGCAAGCCCUCUCGUGGCUGUCUUAUAGACUGUAACUGCAAUAAUUACUAUUGUUGGGUUAUAGGACAUUGCAUUGCAAUGGGCUGAAGUGGUCUGGGUGCCUACAGUGUCCUUUUAAAAGGAAACACAUAACAUCCAAGUUCUUGAACCUGUGGGCCUGGGUGACUUCAUGCCUUAUCAAAGAUGGUGGAGAGAACUCCUAUGUUUAAAUAGGCCAUCUAACCAUUGUAGUUGUUAUGGUGUUUGCAGACCAUUGCAUUGGUGUGUCUCCUUAUUUUCAGCAAAUAGGCACAAACCCAUGCUCCUCAGGGCAAUUUUAGUUUUUGUCCAUAUUGGACUGGCACUCUCAGCAAACCAAUGUCCUCUACAAUGCUGAUCCCUCUUCUUCUUAUGCUUUUCCCUUUCACUGUGUCUCUCGGCAGGUCCUGGAACGCUCCAGGGAUGUGGUGGAUGAGGUCAGUGUCUCUCUGCGUCUGUGGGACACAUUCGGGGAUCACCAUAAGGACAGAAGGUUUGCAUACGGCAGGUGAGUUUCUGUGUCUGGGGAGGAGAUAUGCCGCCCCUUUGAUCCUGGCCUCUUUAUCAGUGAUGUCAGUUCUGCCUGAGAUUUAUCAGAAUUUGGUGUUCGAGCAUGUCCGCUGGUGCCAUCUGCAAGAAUUCUCUAUAAAUAGGGAAUAAAUCCAUGGAGAAGGCUGGACUGCGGGUGCCCUGAGGACUCCAAAAGUUGUCAAACCGUUGAAAAAUGAUUUGACUACUUACUGUUUGUUGCCAAGGGUAAUCUUGAACCACACCACUAGAGCCAACUUUGAUGUUUUAUUGGGUAUUCUAGGGGCUUAGAAUACCUGCUUACUCUGUAAACAUCUUAAUUCACUAUAUGUAUUUUUCUUGUAAUGAAAAUAUUAUUCAGAUUUUUGCACAGCUUGUGCCUGUCUGAUGGCCGUUCCAGUCAUACUGUAUCCCACCAUUCAAGUCAUGCAUACUAAUCAAAUAUCGGCACAUUUUCAACAUCCUGUCCAGGUAGGGCGAGUUCCGCCAUUACUGAACGCUACAACAAAAUAUCCAGUGACAGUGGGACUUGACACAGACUAUUUUGAAGGUCUCCAGUAAAAUUUAUAGGGAUUAUGUGAAGGUCUCCAGUAAAACCUAUAGGGAUUAUGUGAAGGUCUCCAGUAGAACCUGUAGGGAUUAUGUGAAGGUCUCCAGUAGAACCUGUAGGGAUUAUGUGAAGGUCUCCAGUAGAACCUGUAGGGAUUAUGUGAAGGUCUCCAGUAGAACCUGUAGGGAUUACGUGAAGGUCUCCAGUAGAACCUGUAGGGAUUAUGUGAAGGUCUCCAGUAGAACCUGUAGGGAUUAUGUGAAGGUCUCCAGUAGAACCUGUAGGGAUUAUGUGAAGGUCUCCAGUAGAACCUGUAGGGAUUAUGUGAAGGUCUCCAGUAGAACCUGUAGGGAUUAUUUUUACUGGUCGGACUGUCCGGAUUCCUGAUAUUCCCAAAACCCAAGUGAAUUCUUGAUGAAAUGCAAAAGUGUCCUGGUUAUAUCAAUCCCUUUUACUGCCACUAACCUAUCAAUGUAUUGAUACAUGCCAUUUAUUUAAAAUAUGGUUUUCUGAUCUGAACCUUAUGAUUCAGCGACUGUUUUACUGUUCAAAAGACUCCGAUUAUUUUUUUGAUAAUAAAUGUGUGCUAUUUGUACGUUAAAUUACAAAUCCACAUGACUUUAAAGUAAUCAUUGUAUUGACUGUUCAGAAAUAGUGUGGUAACAUAUUGAUUUGUUUGUAAAAAUAAAUUGAACUUGUGUUUCAUGUCUGGUUUGAUUUUUCCAUCAUUGUAUAAUUAGGAUUGCCCCUGCAUGUCUUGCCCAAGAAGCUAGCACUCUAGAAUUUGCAGUGACCCUUUCUGCAAGGUCUGUGAUCUGUCAUCUCCCUUUCCCCAUUGGCUUCUGGUAAAUUCCUCCCUGUGUGAGGCCGUUAAAGGCUAAUUGCUUCUUGUCUGGAGCCUAGCCAGCAAUCCUGUUAACUUGUCCAGAGCUUGGCUCAUCUUUUGGACUCACAAGAUGUUUGGCUGUCUCUCUCACAUGCCAUAAUGUGUGUUAAUCACUCCCUAAUCACUCUGCCCUCUUCCUCAACCUGUAGUGUGAGAAAACUAAUACUGUGCCCCUCCACGUGUCAGGAUCUCUGUAUUCCACAGAUUUGGAAUACACUGCUCCUUCUGUUGUUGUUCCUCUGUCUGGCUCCUCAGUUACCCUACUGUGCCUCCUGUAACCCCAAUAUUACCACGUCUAUUCCCUGUAACUGCUGAUAUAGCUCAUUCCAGGACCCUACAUACAAAUCCCUGGAGGCUCUCUCUUGAUCUGGGUGACUGUUACAAGUACAGAGUAUGUCCUCUUUACUCCAUUACUGGGAUACAGGUACAGAGUAUCUCCUUUUCUCUAUUACUGGGAUACAGGUUCAGAGUAUUACCUUACCAUAAGCAUGUUUUGUUAUGAGUUUAUACAGUAUAUUUCUGGAUGCUUUAAUUUUUGUUUUGACUUUUUUUCCACCCCACAGAUCGGACGUGGUGGUUCUCUGCUUCUCCCUGGCCAAUCCCUACUCUUUGCGCCAUGUUAAGAGCAUGUGGUUCCCAGAGAUCAAACAUUUCUGUCCUCGUACUCCUGUGGUGUUAGUUGGGUGCCAGCUGGAUUUACGUUAUGCAGAUUUGGAUGCUGUGAAUCGCGCUCGACGACCCUUGGCAAAGUGAGUUGGAUGAGAUGCGCUAAUUUACUAACGAUUUCCCAGGAUCCCCUCUCAAGUAAGCUCUUCAUAUGUGGUGUUUAUACAGAUAUUUAGCUCUCUGUGACAUGCAGUCUACCACUUACACAGCUCAACAAAAUUAUUAAUCUGUGCAAAAUGCAGAAAUUUGAUAUUGUGAUAUUCCCAGAACUGCUGUUCACAGUGAAGGAUCCUGUGGCUGAGAAUCGAUGGGAGCUUAUCAGAGCUCCCCAAUUGUUCAAGUUGAAACUGCACAUUAUGAUAAGACCCUCGGGGCAAUAUUAAAGGACCACUCUAGGCACCCAGACCACUUCAGCUUAAUGAAGUGGUCUGGGUGCCAGGUCCAGCUAGGGUUAACCCAUUUUUUUUUUAUAAACCUAGCAGUUUCAGAGAAUGGGUUAAUAAAUGGGUUAAUCUAGCCUCUAAAGCCUCUAGUGGCAGUCUCAUUGACAGCCGCUAGAGGCAUUUGCGUGCUUCUCACUGUGAAAAUCACAGUGAGAAGACGCAAGCGUCCAUAGGAAAGCAUUGUAAAUGCUAUCCUAUGAGACUGGCUGAAUCACGCGCAGCUCCUGCCGCGCAUGCGCAUUCAGCCGAGGAGGAGGAGAGCUCCCCGCCCGGCACUGGAGAAAGGUAAGAUGUUAACCCCUUCAUCUCCCCAGAGCCUGGCGGGAGGUGGUCCCUGAGGGUGGGGGCACCCUCAGGGCACUAUAGUGCCAGGAAAACGAGUAUGUUUUCCUGGCACUAUAGUGGUCCUUUAAUAUUGUUGGCCACAAAUUUCAUCCUGUAGUUAAUGCAGAGUACAGCAAAUACAUUUUUCACAAACGACAAACAUCAUUUAGUUUAAUUAAUUUUUAAUGCUUUGUCUGUGACCCCUUACCUAGAAGUAAUGAGUAUGAAUGCCGAAAGCACCAUGGAUAAGGAUGACCUAUAAAGAAUUUAAAUAAAAUGUACUGAAGAUGGUAUGUAAUUAUAAGUAGAGUUAGCAAUAAAACGUUAUGAUUCUAAAAAUCAUUCAUCUCAAUCUCUCUUCUUCCUCACCUUCCCUCCAUCUCAAUCUCUCUUCAUCCCUGUGGCGGAACAGCUGUCUGUUCGUGGGUUUCCAGUCUCUUUUACCUAUGUUUCCUCUGUAUUUUCGUUUCUUGCCCCCACUUCCCGUUGGGGAGUGCUUCCCCGAAGGGAAUUCAUUCGUCUCCCGAACGGGGCCCACCUCAAUAUCUCAUUUAGAAUGUUCACACCACGCAACAUAAGUGUCAAAACCGCAAGGGAAACCAUUGAGUGCUUCCCUGGGUGGCCGCCAUUCGUACAGGCCAACGCCACCAAGGGGAGAAUUCGUGGAUUGUUUCCCGACUCGUUCGUCUCCCGAAUGAGGACCUUCCUGGUGCCCCAUUGGAAUGUUCACACCAAUUAAUCAGAACGUUCGCACUCGCAACAUAGGUGAGACAUUUCAAGGGUAGUAAUAAUGAGUGCUUCCCUGCAUGGCUGCCAUUUGUAUAGACGAGCGCCGGCCAGGGGGAGCAUUCAUCUCCAAAAAGGAGACGUUUCACACCAGGACCUCGCGAACAGAAACUGGUUGAUUUUAAGGGACCUAAUCGAGGGUCCCUGAGAUUGGUGUGGGCACUUUUGGGGCACUGGCAAGUAUAGCUGGCUCUCAUGAGCCUGAGGGACAAAGAGAUCAGCUCUUUUCCUGCUGGCAGGCUUUUCUGUGGUGACGGUCUGUUUUUCCGCGCCUAAACUCUCCGGCACGGAGGCUCUUGGGAAGAAGACCCCUGGCGGUUGAUGUGGGAAUCCCUGUUGGUUUAGUGGCGGGCUUUGGGGACAAAGGGAGCAGAGUCCCUUUCUGCGCUGGGACUCCAGGGAGGGGGAGGAUCUUGGGAUGUGUCCUUGCAUGUUUGUGUGGUAAACCCCUUGCACAGGGUUAUGCAUAAAAGCCGUAAGUGGCCAAUACAAUUGUGUUAUACCUCCUGGACUGUGUGUCGUUCAGUUACUGGGGGGAAAUGGGUCUCAUUCUCUAACUGGUUCCCGACUAGCUGAAGGAAGGGAACUAUUGGAGGUAACCAGCCGGGCUACCCUGAGUCCGCAACAAUCCCCACCUUCCCUCCUUCUCAAUCUCUCGUCACCCUCACCUUCCCUCCUUCUCAAUCUCUCGUCACCCCCACCUUCCCUCCUUCUCAAUCUCUCGUCAUCCCCACCUUCCCUCCUUCUCAGUCUCUCGUCUUCCCCACCUUCCCUCCUUCUCAGUCUCUCGUCUUCCCCACCUUCCCUCCUUCUCAGUCUCUCGUCAUCCCCACCUUCCCUCCUUCUCAGUCUCUCGUCAUCCCCACCUUCCCUCCUUCUCAGUCUCUCGUCAUCCCCACUGUGACGAAAGUAGCCCCUGUAGCAGAUUGUGUUAAGACUGUCCUUAGGAAUUCAUAUUGAAAAUGUAUUUGUGUAAUUGUUUCCCUGUAUGUCUGUAAAUGUAUGAAGUUUUCGUAUGAUUGUUUGGUACCGAACCAUCAGACCACCCCAGUGAGAAUUGUGCACCUCGUUAAGCGUUCACACUCUGCAAACAGCAGUCUAAUUGUAUGUGCCUGUGUGGGCGCCGUUCGGCAUGCGAACCACGUGUGCCGGCCAUCUUACGCAUGAAAAUCUCAGCGGUGUUUGGUCGUCGAGUGUCUGGAACUCAAAUCGGACACUCAAACAACUGAACACCACUGAGACCUCCAGAGUUCCAUAACUCCCAAAGGGAGGGACUAGUCAGCCCCCCGUUCGGUAAAAUCAAUGUCCUGAACAAGGCAAUUCAUACGAAUGGAAGAUUAGCUGUGGAUGGCAGGUAUUUCUAUGUGUUUUAACUCCCGAACAGAGACCGACCGCAAGGCCAAAACACAUGGAGCCUUUUUCGGAUACCACCUUGUGUGCGGUCGGUCAAAUUACACCCUCCACCUAACUCCCGAACCCCUGGACCGAUCUGGGUGAAUUUUGGAUAUGUUAGUCACCCAGAUCAGGGCUACCGGGGGUACCCAAAGUAUUAUUAUAACUGCUUGUUUUGGGGUACAUCCAGAACUCGUGGAAAACUACAGCAUGUUUAAUGGGAUUAGGUGAGGGGAGGAGAUGUGUGGGAGGUAACUGUGACAUUAUUGGUUACUGUCCUGAUUAAUGUGAAUCCCUCCCUUGCAUGGGAGAAUGCUUUAUAAGGAGGUUGUGUGGAUUAAAAGUCAGUUCUGAUGCUGUGUGUCGUCCAGUCAUUGGGAUCUGUAUGGGAAUGGAUUACCUUGCUUGCUGGGAUUAAUGCUCUAUGGUGUUAUUACUUGUUCCUGAGCCUCACUGGGAUCAUGCCAGGAUUACUGUUUGAUCCAUCACGUAGAACUGUACAGCACGGAUGACAAAUAAGUAACGUAUUACCGGUCCUUAGAAUGGCCGGAUUUAACGUACAAAGAAUAGUCAAAAAUACUAGCCGAGGUCAGGGAACACAGAAAGGGACACAGUGAUGAGGAAAGCCAGGAGUCAAGAUACCAGAAUAUAGAGAAGUCAAUAAACAAAGCCAAAGUCAAAAACCAGGUAGAAAACUAUAAACAGGAACGCGCUUUCAGACAACCACAAGGGAAACCACGACAGGGCACUGAGCAGGCUGAGAACUGGGCCUAAAUACCCCUCCUUUAGUUCUGAUAGGCUGUAACCGGCUUUUGACCCCAAAGUCAGUUACCAGGUUUCAUUUGCAUAAUUGCUGCUCAGCAUUAACCCUUCUGUGGAUUAGGUUGCUGCUCGGCACAACUUUUCCUGUGUGGACAGUAAAUGUCAUUAAUCCCUUUUCUCUAAGCGGAUGAAUACAUGACACCAGGUUUCAUUUGCACAAUUACUUCUCAGCAUUAACCCUUCUGUGGAUUAGGUUGCUGCUCGGCACAACUUUUCCUGUGUGGACAGUAAAUGUCAUUAACCACAUUUCUAUAAGCGGAUGAAUAUGUGACAGAUCUUUAGUGGAGUUAACCUGUGAAAUACCAGCUCUCCGCUACAGCCUAGUCACUGAUUAUUGGAGGGACCUGUUUGCCAGCCUCCUGCCCAGUGACUAUGCCCUUGUGGUAACCUAUGUUUAAAAUACUAUUGGUGCCUGUUGGAACUUGUAACAGAAACCAUUCGAACUUUCGAAGUGGCAUUCGAACUCCCAAAGCCAUUCAAAGUGGCAUUUGAAAACAUGGCGGCAGCCAUCUUGUUUAGUUGAACGCAUCCAGCGGUGUUUGGUCAUAGAGUGCAUGGAACUCAAAUCGGACACUUGACGGCACAAACAUGGCUAAAACUUUACCUUCCAUGGAGGUUCAGCUAUUCGAACGGUGUUCAGUAAGAAGAUGCCCCAGAACAAGAGUCAUACACUAACUAUAUAUCCACGAACAGCUUCCUUAGGUAAUUCGAACGUUAUUUCGGACACUCGAAGUAGACCGGCCGCACAGCCUGAUUCGCUGGAACUGUUUUGGGCAUGAAAUUAUGCAUGCGGUCAGGUCAAAAUUGGACUUCCAUAGAAUUCCUGAACUGAUCUGGUGGGACUUUCAUUUAUUUCUUCACCAUGGUUCCCUUGGACUGAGAGACCACCAGAAUCCGCUGAGUAGAGUUCCUUCAUUUGCAGGCGAGGUAACAUCGUAAAACUCUUCCGAAGUCGGAGCUGGAAUGUAAGUUAGGGUACGACCAACAGUAGAUUUGUUUUUACAUAGAGAGGUUAGUAGACAUGAGAAAAAUCUAAAGGUUAGAAAAAUGGCUAUAAUAACAAAUACAGCUAAUAGCAAAAAGUACAACAUUUUCUUAAUUAGUAAAGUCAACCAUGUUCCUAGCCCAAAUGUCCAAUCCCAAUACUCAAAGAAGCCAGUAUCCUGUACUAAGUCAUGUAAAUCUUUUAUAUGUUUAUAGAUCAUAGUGCCAUGGUCAGAUAGGUUAAAACAGCACAUACCUUCAAUAGCUUCACAGCCUUAGUCAUGUUUCAUUAGUAAGUAGUCAAUGGUUGCUGUAUUCUCAAGGAUUUCCUUAUUAUUUGCCUGGGUGUCCAUAAGUAGCUCUUCUAGGAAGUGACAUUUAAACCCUUUGCAAGGGAACAGGCUACAGCAUUAAUUGUAACAGUUGUAGUUGUAGACAGCUAGAAUAAAUGAAAAGAGGGCCGCAACCUAAGGGUAUGAUGUUCCCUCACAAACCACCAGAAGAAAAUAGAAACGUGGAGACAGGAAAUUAUAGGUCGCGCCACACAAAUGAUAUAAUAAAACCAUUGCGUACUUACAUAAAAUGCUAACAGAGGAACAGAGUCCUGAAUAAAAGUAUAUGAAUAAAAUAGUCCAAGUUGAUUGAAUAAAUGAACGAAUAUAGUAGAUCUUAUAAAUUCUGAAAUAAUCCGAUGUCCAGGUGACGUGGAGGCAUGCAAAUAAGAGAAAGUUCCAAUAGUUUAAACUGUAGUAUAAAGGUGAAAUAUGAUCGUAGUAGUAAUCCUCCUACUCACCUAUUCGAGAGCUAGAGCCAGCUCAAGUGUGAACAGCAUAUAGUGGCGUUGAUCCCUCACUGGUAGGAUAUACGUGUUGGUAGGUGGUGAAGAUCCUCGAUAUGUGGAAAGAGAAAUUCAACCAAAUAGUGCUCUCUGUAUGCAAUAACCGGAGGUUGGUAAUUUAAAGGUAUAAUACUCUCAUGCAGGUGCAGAUAUGCUGCUCACUUUAAUAGCGUGGGUGAUAUAAUCCCUACCUAGGAUUCUUGAGUGAGUGGAUGUUUCAGAGUUUUUUGAAUGACCAGGUUAAAAAAUAAAUAAAAUAAUAUAAUACAUGUGACAGAUCCAUCUGUAUAACCUGGGAUUACUGGUUCGUCUGUUUUGCCGUUUUUGUGGAAUUACUCAUUCGUAUGCAUCUGUUCGUAUAAUUGAUGUUUUUUGCCGAACAGAACUACCGAACGGACGGCCACCCAGAAGAGAAGUGUGCUGCUGGUUAACCUCUUGAUCCCAAUUAGAACAUUCUGGUUAACCGCAGACACUUCUCGAUUAAAACCGAAUACAGGGUGGUCGUCGUUCGUAUGUCGACCACAAGGCGGCGGCCAUUUUAAACCAUGCGAAAGACCAGCGGUGUUUGGCAUUGAUUUCAUGGAACUGAAAACUGACACUUUUCCUGCCAAACACCGCUGAAGCCGCCGACCUCCCUUCUCAAUUGACAGAAGUACACGAACACCGGCUGUUCGGGAGUUUGAAACGCACGAAUGUACUUAACCCAGAUAGCCUUCCCAUGGAGUCAAUCGCAUACCGAAAGACUGUAAUAGACUUUGACUCCAUGGCGAUUGAACUAUACGUAUGGGAUCUGAGCGCUAUUCGCCAAUAAUAUGCACUCAGAUCCAGGCUAUCUGGGGAUAUGUGAUACGAAUGGGAAAUGUUCGACAAUUGUAAAGUUAGAUAUUUUUAUGUGUUUUUCUGUGUUGGAUUUAAAAUGGCGAUUUGCCUCUGUCCUGGAGAUAAUUGAAUUACUUCUCAAUUAUCUCCAGGGCAGAGGGGAGGAAAGCAUAAUGCAUGCUGGGAAUAUUCUGUGUCUGUGGGUCCUAACCUGCCAUAUGUCUGUCUAUUGUUAGUCUCCCAUUUGGUCCCCUAGGGGAGCGUCCACCAAGUGGGAGACCUGCAUAAAUACGGGCAAGUAGCCCACAGUAAAGCCAGUUCAUGUUUUACUCUCAAUGCGGAGCUUGGUCUCGUUAUUGGGGGGAUUUAUUACCGACGACUAGAGACUGCCGGAUGGGAUUAUUAGCCGCUUGGGAGAUAUAUGCGUUCGGCUACUAUUGGCGAUUCGUGAGUUUGGAGCUCGUGAAGUGCCCGUACGGGUCCCGUUCGUGAGAUUACAGCGUUCCCCCUGCUUGCGGUUCGUAUGAUUGUACUUGAUACGCAUGAAGCCUGUGUUAUUGCGAGAGGGGAGGAUUCACUAAACGUGGGUUUGUGCAUUUGAUGCGGAGGGUACCAUAACAAUACAAAAAAGGUAUAUGGCAUAGGCAAAGUAUCAGUGACCAAAAUUCCUUUAAUGAUAUAGAUUAAAAAGGGUAAGAACAGUAAAAAAACAAACAGGCAAAACGCGUUUCGCCACACAGGGCUUCAUCAAAUGGCAAUAAAACUUUAAGUUUUGGUACAAAUUAUAGUGGUGUUCAGGGCUCUACAAUUCGUGGUAAUUUUUGUUUGUCAUAUGGUGGCAGUACCAUCGGGUUUUGCUCCUCCCUGUGGACAAGACAUCUAACAAGGAAUUAAUGUUCAAAAGGACCCUCCCCCUUGCCCCAUAAAACGCUGUACCGCAAAACCUACCCCAGUUUCCUUUCUUGUCCCGAGAGAGGAGGACACGACAUCCAUAGCGUGAGACACACGGGUUGUCUGUAUGGGGGGCCUGGUCCAAGAGCUGCCCGGGCGGUAGGCUGAGAGACCAUUCUCCUGACCGGCAAGGUUAUGGAGCAAGUGGAGGUUAGUCUAUUUAUGCCGAGAAUGGUUCCGGCAAUGCUUCCUGGAGGCGGAGUUUGUCCUGAGCAGGCGCACAGCAGUGGUAUGCACUCCCGGGUGGUGUUCCGUUCCACCUAAGCUUCCGGGUGCGCUAAAACGCAUGUGCAGACCGGAAGCUUAAAGAGACAGAUCAAAAAAAAAAAGCGGAAAUUUGAAUGCAGGUGUAUAAACAGAGAGCUAUGCAGGUCAGAAGAGGUACGCCGUGUCACCUGCCCCCCACACGGCUCAGAGGUAUUUUGAGGUAAGAUUAAAGAAAUCUUUACUUUAAAAUAUGCUCUGGAAAAUUUUAAAGGAAAUAUGAAACAAUCUAAGCCUCCAUUUAUUUUUUUUCUCCACAGAUCUGUCUAGCCCAGCUUAUCCUGAUAUGGACAAGGAAAAACUGGCAACCUGCAUGCCUAGAAAGGCUUCGGCAAAAUCAAAACAUCUAGUUUGCAGUGGGUGUGCAACUCCUCUUCCAGACGGAUCAAGGAAGAAGGUAUGCAGUCCGUGUACUGCAAAUUCUUUGGAAAGAGAUAAGCAAAAAGUUAUGCAAUCUUUCCUAACCUCGUUCCAAGAAAAUCUGGCCUAGACCUUGGAGACUAUUAAAGAGUCUAAAAAGGUGGAAUCCCCUAUACAGCAAGGCCCUCAGAGAAUCAAGAAAAGAUCAUCUACAUCUGAAACGUCAUCCGGGGAAUAUUUUUCCUCAAUAGAUUCAGACGGGUCAGGAUCCUCAUCAAGUAAACCAGUGGGGUUUCCUUCGGAUGAAAUUCAUAAAGGAAGUUAACCUGACAAUCCUACCAGAAGGUCCGGAGAAUCCUAAAGGGUUUUCUGUUCAACAAACCCUGGUAGAUCUAAUAUUCAGGAAAUGGCGAAACCCUGAGAAAUGUGCCUUUUUAUCCAGACACUUUAAGGAUAUCUUCAGACUGGUUGGCUAAGUAAUCUGGGAAGAUCUCCCUAAAGUAGAUGUCCAUGUGGCGCAGAUUGCUAAAAAGACCACUAUCCCUAUUAGGGAAACUUCGGCUUUAAAAAAUCCAAUGGAUAAAAGAGCCGAAACAUCUUGCAGGCGAGCUUACCAGAUGGCCGGAUUUCAAUGCAGGGCUUUACUGGCAGGAGCAGCAGUUGCCAGAGCAAAUUGCAUUUGGUUAAACAUGGUACACGAUAUUUUAUCUUCUGACCAAGGUAGAGAGCUUAGUCACAUGUUUCAGAACAUGCGUGUGACGAGAGCAAUCUCGCCACAUUGCAUUGGAGAAGACUGGUUGCUCGCCUGCUGCCUUUGGACUAUGGUCCCAUGUUAAAGACAUCUUUUUUUUUUCCCCUGCAGAAAAGACUUAUUCAUGCUUUUCUGCCUGGUGUUCGGUAGAUUCAAUCUACCGAACAACCGCACGAAUGGCUAGACCACCUGGGAGCUGGAGUGUGCCGGCAAUUAGCCUCCCUGAAGCUGCUGUUAACCGCAGCUUAAUUGACGAAUGCUGGGUGGCCGCCAUUCGUAUCACGAACACGAGGUCGCGGCCAUUUUAAACAUGCGAACGUACAGUGGUGUUCGCUUAAUUCAUGGAACUAAAAUCGGACACAGUUUUGCGCGAACACCGCUGAAGCCGCCGACCUCCCUUCUUGUUCGGUGGAAGUACACGAACGGCCGGUGUUCGGUAGUUUUACUUGUCUAUGUUAUACCCCAGAUAGGAAUCCCAUGGAGCCCAUUCGCAUGAGAACUGACUGUGUAAAGACUUUGGCUCCAUGGCGAUUACACUGUAUUCAUGUGGUCUGAGCGCCAUUCGCUUAAUAAUGUGCGCUCAGACCUGAGCUAUCUGGGGACAUGUUAAAUGUAUAGUUUUAUUGUAAUGUGUCUCACAUAGUGUAUUUUAAUAGUAAUUUGUGUUGUAGUAUCCCCACGUGCAUAAUGGCGAUUUGCCUUUGUCUUGGGAGAUAAUUGAAUUACUUCUCAAUUACCUCCAAGGCAGAGGGGGAGGAAGCCAGGAUGCAUUGUGGGAAUAUAAUGUGACUGUGUGUCCUAUUUGUCAACUUGUCUGUCUUUUGUCACAGUCUCCUAUUUGAUCCCCUAGGGGAGUGUCCACCAGGUGGGAGACCUGCAUAAAUACUGAGCAGGUAGCCCUCAUUAAACUGUUCACUGCUUGACCCUCAACACGGAGCUUUGUCUUGUUCUUGGGGGGAUUUAUUGUAUGCUGUUCCAGUUUGACUGCUAGGAGUGUAAACCUAUUCGUAUGGUUUUUCCUAUUUGGCUGUUUACAGCAUUCAUAUGGUUUCCUGUUCGGCGGAUUGGUGUUCUGCAGUAGCUGUGCCUGCAUCUCUGGAAAGGGGGACGAUUGCCUAAACGUUUUUUACCCUUUGUGCGCAAAACAGUUCGUUACAAUGCGCUUGUCUAAUGAAUAUCUGUUGGAUAUGUCGGUAGAUGUUCUUAAGUUGGCAUCCAGAAUUAUGGGAUUGUCAUCGGUAGCAAGACGAGCCUUAUGGUUAAGGUCAUGGACGGCGGAUUCAGCUUCCAAAUCAGUCCCUUUGUGAGCUUCCACUAGAAAAAACAAAAUUAUUUGAGGCUCCUUUAGAAGGAAUUAUUAAGCAAUUGUCAGAAACCAAAAAGGCUCUUCCUCAAGAUAAGAAGUUCUCCUGGAGAUCGGGUUACAGGAAUUACCAGUAUAAAUACAGGAGAUCAUAUCAAGAGAGAGCGCAUUUCUUUCAAAGAAGGGAUAAAAAUCAUAGAGUUAAACAAAGAGGUGAUGUUAAAAGAUCCUUCAGAGACAAAGAUAGACGUUUCUGACGCCAGAAGUGUGGGAGGAAGACUCCCAACGGUUUUUUCAGGCAUGGGAAAGAACCACACGCAAUCCUUUGGUUCUAAGUCUUAUCCAGCAGGGACACGAUUAUAUUCACAGAGAAACCAAGAGCAAAAUUUCUGGUAUCAACUUACCAGUCUUCAAAAGAUCACAAGCCCUAUUUUCUCAAACCAUGCUACUUUUGCAAAAAAGGGUGAUAGAGAGAGAGUACCAGUAAAGCAAAGAUUUCGGGGAGUUUACUCAAGAUUAUUCCUGGUUUCAAAACCAGACCACUCUCUUUUUUUUUUUUUAAUUUAUUUAUUUAUUUAUUUUUUUCGUCCCAUUUUGGAUUUAAAAAAACAUAAACCGGUUUAUCCUUUAUCAAAGGUUUCGCAUGGAAUCAAUCGCUUCUAUUUUUCCUCUUCUACAAAGAGGCGACCUUAUGGUAAAAAUAGACUUUAAGGAUGCUUAUCUGCAUGUUCUAAUUGCUACCGCUUCAAGGAAAUUUCUAAGAUUUGCAAUAAAAAGAGGAAGAUCCGGCGAUCAUUUCCAGUUCAGGGCUCUGCCGUUUGGUCUGUCAUCCGCCCCAAGGAUAUUUACAAAAAUCUUGACUCCUGACAGCUCAUUUGAGAAUAUCGAUUAUCCCAUAUCUGGACGACUGGCUUCUCAUGGCACAUACAGAAGAACAGCUGCUCAAGGACCUGCAGGUCACUAUCCGAUUUCUUCAAAACCACGGUUGGAUCUUGAACUUAAAGAAGUCAGUUCUCAUUCCAACAAGAGAAAUAGUUUCUCGGAUUCAGAAUCAAUUCAGUCUCCCUGUCAAUUCAUCUUCCCAAACGAAAAAGGAGGAAAAUCUUGCCCAUUUGGCUGCUUUUCCAGCAGUCAAAUGGGCAAGAUCAGAGGUCAGACCACUACAAUGGAACAUUCUGACAACCUGGUCAAAAAAGGAGGAAGAUUUAGACAGAAGGUUCUUGUUAUCCCUUCAGGUAAAGACUCUGCUUACUUGGUGGAAAACCUCAGAGUGCCUUUCAGGAGGAUUAUCUUUUCAUCCAAAAGACUGGAUAAUAGUCCCUACAGACGCUUCAAAGACAGGUUGGGGAGCUCAUUUGGGCACCACCAUGUUCCAAGGAAUAUGGUCAGUCAGGGAGGCUAAAGAAUCCAGGGAAUUACUAGUAGUUCUUUACGCUCUACAUUACCUCAGGCCUUGGGUACAACAAAAAGCGGUGAAGUUUCAAUCAGACAAUCGUACAGUAGUCUCAUAUAUCAAUCACCAAGGAAGAUCCAAAGUAAAGAAUCUUUACAGUCUUUGUGCAGAAAUUAUGGAGUGGUCACAAAAAAAUCUGGAAGACAUUGCGGCAGUCCACAUAAGAGGGAGCGACAAUGUAAUAGCCGACGAUCUAAGCAGAGGCAAGUGGGAUCAAAAAGAAUGGUCUUUGAACCCGGAAAUAUUCUGAAUCCUGGCUGAAAGAUUUGGAUUUCCGGAAGAAGACUUGAUGGCAAGAGCUUCGAACACAAAGGUUUACAGCUUCGCCUCCCUAUUCAGAACAGAUCAACCCAAAUGGAUAGACGCUCUAUCAAUAAACGUCAGUCUGGCUUACGUGUCUUCACCUCUGCCUUUAAUCCCAAAGGUCCUUCUCAAGAUAAGAACAGACAGAGCGAGAGUAUUGGCAAUAAUUCCAUAUUGGCCAAACAGAGUCUGGUUUUCGGCUUUAAAGAAGAUGACCAUCGCUCAUUGGGAACUUCCCAUAUCAAACUUUCUCAUUGUGAACAGAGACCUGCCCUUGGAAGUUCUAAAAAUAUUCAGGUUGACUGCUUGGCUACUGCAAGGCUAAUCCUUUGUAACCAAGGUUUACAAGAAGACAGAAUAGCGGUCUUACUUCACGCUACCAGGAAGUCUACGUCUAAGAUAUACUUUAGGAUUUGGUCUAAGUUUCUCCACUGGUGUAAGGAACACCAGUGCCUUGUUUUACAUCCAUCCAUAGAUGACAUUCUCCAUUUUUUUUACAAGACGGAUUUGCAGCUGGUCUGGGAGAUUCCACGCUCAAAGCUCAGAUAUCCGCCUUAAGUUUUUUUCUAACUAAGGAUUUGGCCUCCAAUAUUUUCAUCAUAAGAUUUAUUUUUUUUAGGUCCAUCAGCCUCAAACGUCCUCCUAGACGAUCGGAGUUUCCAACUUGGGAUUUAGCCCUGGUCCUACAAGCUCUUAGUGUUCAUCCCUUCGAACCUUUGGAAGAAGUUCCGUUAAAAAAUUUCUCUCUUAAAGUUUCAUUCCUGGUAGCCAUCACAUCGGCUAAAAGAGUGGGAGAACUUCACGCUCGGUCCUCCUCGGAUGUAUUUACUAUUUUCCACAAAGACAAGGUUAUUCUUUAUCCAAGACAGUCUUUUCUACCUAAAGUUUUGUCUUCAAAGAAUAUUAAUCAGCCGAUUGUUUUACCUUCGUUUUGUAGCGAAGCCUCAUCUCCUCAAGAGCUCAAAUGGCAGAAAUUGGACAUCAGAAGAGCUUUACUUAUAUAUCUAGCCAGAACGAAAGAAUUCAGAAUUUCGGAUCAUCUGUUUAUUAAUUCUCAAGGUCACUUCAAGGGGAAUGUGGCUUUCUGCGGCACCUUAUCCUGUGGGCUCAUUCAAGCUAUAGAACUGGUGUACGCCGUAGCUUGGUUGGGGUUUCGCCGUCCUCCACCCACCCUGGACCCAAGACCGGGUCCAACCUGAUGGAGUAGUAUGCUAUUGGUCUUUGUUUACCAUAAAAGGACAGAUGUAGCAUUUUUUUUUUUGCUGCAAGGGUUAAUUUAAAGGGUUUGUUUUCUACAAUGCAUGUAGAUUGCUGCAGAGCGUAUCCAAGGUCGACAGUAUGAAACGCAGCUGGGCGGGGGGGUAUAAUAUUUUGAAAUGCAGUUUUUCUACUUUCCGUGAGAUGUUUUGUGCCAUGGGAAAUACAGUGUCCUAGGAAAAUAACUUUUUCAACACAUGCGUGCAGUUUUGCUUGUGCCCGAAAUUUCAGCAAAGAAAGAGUGUUUACAUUACAAGUUAUCAUAUCUUUGCAACAUAUCUUCAAGAAUCUGGGCCAUAUCCAUGCUGUGCAUAGUGGGUGAGUUUUGUGCGCCCUGUGGAAAUACUGUCCAAGUGUACUGCUUGUGUUUGUGUAAAUGCAAAUAAAUACUGUCGGAAACCAGGGGGACACUGAAAAAAAUGCAUUUGCCAAGUCAAUAACCGUAAAUACCUUAGAGGAAGGUGGUGUCUGUGCCAACAAGGUGUGUGGGUUGGAACAUUAGGGGCAAUGAGUUCAAUGAAGGCAUUAAUUGCCCUCAAAUCAUGUACCAUAAGGUAGACCACAGGUUUCCCUUUAUCUUGCUUUUUCUUAAUUGGGUACAAUGGUGUGUUACAUGGCGAGGUGGUCUGGACAAUUACCCCUGCCUGCAGUAACACUUGGGAAAUGGCAUCUUCCUGUGCUGGGCUUAGGGGGUAUUGUUUUUGAUAGGGAGGGGUGGUUCUGGGCAGGAGAUUCACUUUGACUGGGGGCACAGAGAGUCUGUCUGUAUAUGUCUUCCCUGUAGCCCAUAGAGAAUCAGGGACUGAGGACUAGUCAAUGGUAGGUUCUGGCACAUGGCUGGGCAUAGUGAGAGUUGCCAGAACAUUUGAAAGAGAGAUAAUUUGUUUGUCCUCCAAAGGCACAGUGUUUGUUUCAAAACCAUUCAUCUGUCUUUACUUGUUGCGUCUUCUGAGACGAUCAUAAUGGGCAUCCGUAUAUUUAACGAUUAUUCUAGCUUUUAGGGCGACAAUUUGUUUAAUCCCUUAAGGACACAACUUCUGAAAUAAAAGGGAAUCAUGAUGGAAUAUUUCAGUCAUGUGUCCUUAAGGGGUUAAAUCCAUCCAAGUACACUGGUAAGUAGCUUGAAUGGUGGUUGAGACUGGAGUAGAGCUAAGGGGGCCUUUUCAACAUCUGGCAGCUGCUGUAUUAUUGCCAGUUGUUCACUGGGUGUCCAGGGCUUAUAUUCUUCCCAGUAUUAGAUACCUGAGCUCGGCCGUCUCUUCUCAUGGUAUACGCUCUCAACUUUGGGUAUCAUGGGAGUAGUAAAUUGUGGAGCUAAUGGGCCCCACUGCAGUGUUUAUGGGGGCAACUAGGGGUUCCCUCCUCCUCUAAUGAACCCAUUAAAAUGGGGCUGCUGGGGAACCAUAUGAAGUCCCACUGCGUAAUAUCACUGGAAAGAGAGGUUUUGAUCUCUGUAAAAGGGAAAUCGCAUUGUCUUUUGGGACCCAAGGAGUCUCUGCAUUAUCCUGCAUUAUCCUGGUAAAGGAGUAGGUUUACAAGAUUUUUCCCAGGAUCUUGCUUACUCUGGGACCCUAGAGGUCCAAAACAUUGAUAAUAUGGUACACCUUUUCUGGUGGUUUCUCUACAACCACAUUUAGUUAAUUCAACUGCAGUAUCAUGCCAUUUUUGGGCGACUUCUAAGUCAUUAUCUUCUAACCACUCUCUGUAAUUUGCCUCUGAGUAACCUCUUAAUAUUCUUAAUUGUUCCUUGUCCUUUUUGAUGCUUGACAAUAGUCAAAGCCGUAAAUCCCCCUUGAGUGCUUUGAGAGCUACUCAUCUUAACUUGUAAGGGUUAAUUACUUCCUUAUCCAAGACAAACUGUACAAAAACAGUGUAUAAGACAUUUAGGACCUCUGCAGUGGAAUUUUCAGUCUUGUCUUCGAUAUUCUAAACAUAAUCAGGAGAUCUGCCCUUGGAGGAUUCUAACUCAAAUUAUAAAACAAAUGACAAGGCAAACAAUAAAAAUAACUUAAAACCUACAGAAAUAUUCCACUAUCUCAAGAUUCCUUUCACAAGACAUAACAUCCACCUGAAUAUAACCAUAAUACCACAGAAAACAAGUUCUUUAAAUCAGACAUUAAGUCGUUCCUUACCCAGACAGAUCAGUAGGAUGUGGAUCUGAGAGCGAAAUUGAUAAAGGAAGAAAAGGUUUUCCUUUCCUUGCUGCAGCUGAUUUCGCUGUCAGAGGGACGUCCACCUGUACGCUAGUGUCAGUCUUUCGACCAUCAGAUCCCGGGGUAACUGCACCAAAUUGAUAUAGAUCCAAAUAUUGAUCUGUUUAUAUUCAGCGGAAGCCCGAAUUAUUAUAAUAAGUGCACUUGGAGAAGCGUGAAUUAGAAACCAGACGUAUGUUGGUUAUCAAAAUAAGCCUCUGUCGUUUAUUCGUCAGCUGGAUUUUUAUACAUUAAUAAGUAAGUGCUUAGGUGCAAAUACUCAUAGGACAGUAGUAGUAGUAAGGGUAAAAGGAGUACAGAUAAGACACAGAGAGGAACAUUGUGACGAAAUGCAUUUUGUCCCUGGAUUGUUAGGUGACAAGCUGCCCUUUGCCCCCGGCUUUUGGAGGAGCCUGAUUGCCAGCCUCCUUCCUCAUGACUAUGGCCCUGGGGUGUAUUGCCAUUUAAAAAGACUAUUUGGGGCUUUUUGGCUUCUAAAAACAGUUUCUUCCCAUUUGAAUCCAUGGGAAGGUGUUUUUCUUCCCCUCCCCCGUUUCCUGUCUAUUGUUCUCCAGCAGGGUGUUGUCCCAGGCACACUGCCAAACCAGUUGGAACUGACUGCUUUUGUCCCUCCUUGGUUUCUCAACAGCCCUUGCUAUGCUUUAACCCGUGGAAAAUCUACUCUGUUCAUGGGAUCUGAGCGCUGUUCACCUAGAUUGGGCGCUCAGAUCAGAGCUAUCUGGGGAUAGGUUAAAUGUGGGGGUUCUGUGUAAUAAAAUAAGAAUUAUGUAUUUUUAUGUACUUUUACGUAUUUUGCUGUUAGUGUUAAAUGUAGAUAUUUUCUGUACCUGGAGAUAAUUGAGUUUACUGCAGUGCCUUAAGCCAAUUAUCUCCAGGAUGGAGAGGAGGGAUUUCAUUGUGUAUGUGAGAGUGUUAUCAUGUUAAUUAGUGUUCCCAUUGGUUUGUGUCCCUUUUGUCACAGUUUACCACCAGGUCCAGGGGGUGUGCCUCUGACCUGAAAACUUGUAUAUAAGGAGUAAUAAACGCUCAUUGGAGUCAGAUCAUCUUGUACCUUCAUGAAGUUUCGGCUCAUGUUUGGGGGAUUGGAGAAACUACACUCUGGGGAUUGCUAUAAUCGCUAUACUCCCCAGGGUAUAAUCACUAAGCUCUGCUAAGAGCUUGUUCCUGUUCCUGCUCUCUGGAAUUCGGAGAGGUCAACCUACUGGAAGCUGUACCCUGGUCUUGGGUCCAGAGUGGGGGGAGACGGCGAGACCCCAACCAAGCUGCGGCGGUUCGUGGGGUCUGCAGUGGUUAUGGUGUCAGGCAGAGUGCUUGGAGUCCUUGGAAAGCACUAGGAGCAGCCGUCGGCGGAAGGUACCAGGUCGGGGUCCCAGCGGUUCCGUUACAAACAUCAUAUAACAAGUUCAGAGAAAGAACAGAAUAAUUUGAGAAGAGAAAUCUCAGGUGGGGGCUAUCUGCUCCCUGAACUAGACAUAUAUGGUCUUCAGUGUUUUCAGCAUCAAGCAUUUCCUGAGUCCAAGUUAGCCAAUUUUAAUAUUGGAUAUCAUAUGACACCUAUAAGCUUGCGCCUUGGAAUCAAGAUAAAUUCUAUCACAGUGACAGACCCUCUGUCUUUGAAUUUUAAAGUUUAGACAUUUUGUUCGUCUGUUUGAAUGGAAUACAAUUUACCUUAUUUUAUCAUUGGCCUUUCGAAUACCGAACAACCCACCACCCAGACCUGGAGCGUGGCGCUUGUUAACCUAAUUGACUUUAAUACCUCUAAAAACCACAAACACCCUUACAUUCUGAACGGUCGACUGGGUGGUUGGCAUUCGUAUACACGAACACGCGGCUGCCAUCUUGGAAUAUGAAUGCGGCCAGUGAUGUGUUGUCGUUGAGUUCAUGGAACUAAAAUCGGACACUCAGCGGCACAAACACCGCUGGGACUUCCACUCCCCGUUAUGUUCAACUGGAAUUGCACGUAUGGAGCGCCGUUCGGUAUGCCUCUGUGUACAAACAGACCCGUUUGACUAUUUGAACGUACUUCGACUGUUUGAAAUAGACCAGCCGCACAGCCCAAUGCUCUGGAACUAUUUUGGGCAUGAGACCAUACGUGCUGUCGGUCAAAAAGAGACUUCCAUGAAACUUUUGAACCCCUGAGCUGAUCUGGGUGACUUUUCAGUAUGUUAGCCCUGAUCUGGGGGAAAAUCAGGGGAUGCAUGGUUUUUUUAUGGGUUCCCAUAUGUUUGUGGGGUCUUUUUUGUUUGAAGAUAAUUGAGUUAAUACAGUAAAUUAACUGUUAUCUCCUAAGAGUGGAGGGAUUGUGCAUCCUGUAUGGGAGUGUCUCGAUGUAAGACCCUGUUUUUAUUGGUUGUUCACCUUGUGUCCCUGUGCCCAACAAGGUCCACAUGGGUGUCACCCUUGUUGGGAAACCUGCAUAAAAGGCAGUGUGCCUCCAUUAAAGCUCAGUUCUUACUUUACCCUCAAUUUAGAGUCUUGUCUCUUGUUGGGGGAAACUGCUCUAAAGCUAUCACUACGAGCUCUUGUAAGAGCUUAUCUACUUGGAUGACUACCUGGAAUGCUGUAAUACCACUCACACUCGGGAGAAGGACAUCCUCUAGUGGUGGAAACCCCCUCUACUCAUCGUGGUAAGCGCUUCAUGGGGAUUUUAUGUGUUUUGGGGUUUUGUAAAAUUUGUGGGGUUUUUCUUAAUGGAGAUAAUUGGGUUAAUGCGGUAUCUGCCUCAAUUAUCUCCCAGGCAGGGAGGAAGGAUUGUAUGUUUGUAUUGGGAUGUCACACUUUGUAACUGCAUUGUUAUUGGUUAAGUUUGUGUCCCUGUCCAUGUGGGCGUACACCUUGCUUGGGGACUUGCAUAAAAGGCCAGUGUGGCUUCCAUUAAAGAGAGAUUCGUUUACCCCUUCAUGAAGUCUUGGCUCAUGUUGGGAGAUUCGAGAACUACAUUCACUCUGGGGAUUGCUAUAUCACAAUACUCCCCUGAGUAUAAUCACUAUCUCUUCUAAGAGCUCAGAAGAUGAAGUGCGCUAGUCCUCGGGCAGCACUCCCAAAUGAGGAGGAGUUCCUUUGGGAGAUGCAAUAGCGACUGUCCUUUUUUUGACUGUCGGUCCGACUCCCCAGCGGCUGAGUAUGUUAUUGGGAGAAGAGACUAUCUGUCUCACUCCCCAGCUGCAGUGUGCAGUACAGGGAGCAGAAGGUGUCGUCCUUCCUCCCCAGCGGCAGCCGGAUAUACCAAAAGGAGUGACCGCUGGUCCCUCACCCCCAACUACAGAGGGGCAACACUCCUGACCAGACGUAUUAUUACUGGACGCCAUGCCCAGAUCCCCAACCAACCCCGCAGGACUGCCAGGAGGAGGAGGUAGGCAAUCCCUCCACAGUGGAGCCUCAACCAGGUCCUGGGGGUAGUAUCCGCUGACCCCAUAACAGCAGGAGAGCUGUCAGCUGGGUAGAGCGCAGUUGGCCUCUGCCCUCCCCUUGUCCCCAACUGCAAACCGGAGAGCAACCAAGAGACCAGGAGUAACAGACGCCCCCUCUGCAGCAUGGGACAGACAGGACAAAGCUGGACACUCGAGAGCUACAGGUCAAGUACUUGGUUGUGGGUGGGUUGCUCGACUAACUCCGGUACCGACCAACAGGAGGUCAGAUACCUGGUUAGUCUCCCCUUGGGAGGGAGGAUAUGUGACAAAAGUAGCUUUAUCACUGGCUCUUUGAGGGACCUGUUUGCCACUAUUGGUGCCUGUUGGAACUUGUAACAGAAACCUUUCGAAGUGGCAUUCAACCAUGUGGCGGUGGCCAUUUUGUUUAGUCAAACGCAUCCAGCUGUGUUUGGUCGUCUAGUGCAUGGAGCACAAAUCGGACAGGCACGAACACAGCUAAUACUUUACCUUCCAUGGAGGUUCGGCGAGUCGAACGGCAUUCGGUUAGAAGAUGCCCCAGAACAAGAGACUUACACUAACUAUAUCCACCAACAGCUUUGUUCGGUAAUUCAAACGUUAUUUCAAACACUCAAAGUAGACCGGCCACACAGCCUGAUUCUCUGGAACUGUUUUGGGCAUGAAACCAUGCGUGCGGUCGGUCAAAAUGGGACUUCCAUAGAAUUCCUGAACCGAUGUGGUUGAAUUUUGGAUAUGUUGGUCACCCAGAUCAGGGCUGUCAGGGGAUGUAAUAAUUGUGGGGAUUUUGUGUUUUUGGGGUACUUUUGGUGUUUUGAUAUAUAGAUAUAUAGAUAGAUAGAUUCUAUCUAUUUUUUUAAUUUUUUUUGCCUGGAGAUAAUUGGGAUGUGACGAAAGCACCUUCGUCACUGGGAUUUGGAGAGGCCUGCUUGCCAGCCCCGUACCCUGUGACUAUGAUGGAGGUUUCUUUUCACUCUCUGAUGUGCUAGUAUCUUGAUAUUUAUGAUAUAAUACAUAGGUCUCUACCUGGACCACCCCAUAUAGACUCAAAUACUUAGCAACUGCUUAGUCAAGCUCUCCCCAUUCCCUCCACAAUUAACCAGGUCCAAUCCUGUGAAAGUUAAAGGAACACUAUAGUCACCGAAAUUACUUUAGCUAAAUAAAGCAGUUUUGGGGCUAAAAACCAUGUUCAUCCCUUUUCCCCUUCUAUUAUGCAGUAUAUGGGGCUUACCGAAUGGAUUAGGUUUAUGGUGUUCGUUUACCGAACAAACUGUCGAACAGCUGGACUGUCCGCAAGUGGAGUGUGCAGCCUGUUAACCUCCCAGAAGCUGUGGUUAACCACAGCUUAAUUGACAAAUGGCUGGGUGGUUGUCGUUUGUAUAGUCGAACUCGUGGUGGCAGCCAUCUUGUUUAAUCGAACGCGGUCAGCAGUGUUUUGCCGUCGAGUUCAUGGAACUGAAAUCGGACACUCAACGGCACGAACACUGCUGGGACUUCCACCUCCAGCUAAAGGAUAAAUAUGCACGAACAGAGUGCAGUUUGGUAAAAAUUAUCUACCGAACACACUUCACAACUGACUUAGGGCACGAACAGUCCUGUUCGACUAUUUGAAGUGCACUUUAAUCAUUGGAAAUAGACCGGCCGCACAGCCUAAUUCUCUGGAACUAUUUUGGGCAUGAACCCAUGCUUGCGGCCGGUCAAAAAGAGACUUUCAUGAGACUUUUGAACCCCUGCUCUGUUCUGGGUGAUUUUUUGGAUAUGUUCACCCAGAUCAGGGCUAUCAGGGUGUAUGGGGAUAAGUUAUAUUUUGGGGUUACUUAUGAGACUUUGAAAUGUGUUUUUUAUGCUUGGGUAUAAUUACGUUCAUACAUUAUCUACCUUAAUUGUAUCACAAGCAGAGGGGAUUGAUUGUGUGCUGUAUGUGGGAGUGUCAGGCAUUGUUACAUUGGUCUACACAGUUUGUGCCCUGUGCCCCAUUAGGUCCAGUGGGUGUUCCUUUGACCUGAAAAGUUGUAUAAAAAUCCAACCUGUACCAUUUAAAGUUUUAACCCCUUCAGCCCAGCGGGAGUGGGACCCUGAGGGUGGGGGGGACCUAAAGACCCUAUAGUGCCAGGAAAACGAGUUUGUUUUCUUAACACUCCUUUAACUUUCACAGGCUUCGGGUGUCUUAGGGAAUAUCUAGCCUUCCUAGCUGAUAGCUCUAUAGUAGCAAUCCAGUAUACCCUAGAGCAGGGGUAGGCAACCUAUGGCACUAGUGCCAUACACGGCACUCAAGGUGUCUUUGCACAGCACUCAAGGCUGCUAGAGCCAAACAGGCUCUGGCCUAUCAGGAGUCCCAGUAAAAGUUCAGAUAUCUGCUAAUCCGAAAAGGUGGUGAAGGACAAUCCUCAAUUUAUGCAUUGCAGCACGUAGAUCUCAGAUCACUUCCUCUCAGCACUUGUGAAUAGGAAUCCACACUGUAGUAGAGCAGCUCGCAGUUGCUGUUGCAGCUCCUGUCCUUGACAUGUACCUGGCCAGCCUAGUCCCUACUGGACGCCACCCACACUGCUAGAUAUACACAGAAAUGCAGAAUAACUCUCACCUCAUACAAAUAAUACGGACAGCCCACACACAAACAUGCACACAAUCCGCACAAACGAAACACCACUAACAAUCCACAUACUUGCACACAACCUCACAUGCAAUACCUCAAACAGCCCUCACACACUACCAAACACACACUGUGACAUAUCCAUCCACACACAAUUCCACAAGCAGCCCCCAUACACAGCCCACAUUCAUAUGUAUCAUACACAAUACCAUAAACUACUCAUGAACAUAUACAAUAUAAUAGCUCGUAUAUGCAGGGCCGUCUUUAACGCGGGGCAAACUGGCCAGCUGCACCGUGAGCCCUGCUGGCCUCAACAAUUUCUAACCCUCUGGCCGGUAAUCCGCACACUAAGGAGGGCCCCUUGCUUUUCGGCAGCAGGCUGGGAGGAAAUGACGGCCACGCAUCACUUCCUCCCACAAAGAGAGGAGUGAGCGGGAAAGAAGAGUAGGCAGAUUGGAGGGGGGGCUGGCCGAGAGCGCUAGACCCCAACUCCCAACACCUUCAGCCACCAGCAGGAAAGGUAGGAAACCGGAGGGUGGGUUUUAAAGUGUAUGUCUGUGUCAGUAUGUCCGUGUGUGUGUCAGUAUAUCUGUGUGUGUCAGUAUAUCUGUGUGUGUGUGCGCAUUUCAGUGUGUAUAUAUCUCUGUGUGUGUGUAUAUGUGCAUACAUCUCAGCAUUCACACACUAACACUACACACAAAUACACCCCUGCAUUCAAAUUUCAACACUACGUACAAACACAUGUCUGUUACACACCAAAAUUAUAUGUAAAGACACCCCUGCAUUCAAAAACCAACACUACACAAAUACAUGCUUGCAAUCACGCCAACACCACAUACAAACAUAUUCCAUACAAAAACCUGUUUACAUUCAAACACACAAAAACUGCUUAGUGCUAAAUACAGACCUGCAAACAUGGGUAAAUGGUAGAGCCCCAGCUGUCAAUGCAUUUCUGGAGUUGCACGACAGAUGGGGAUCUACCUUUUAAUCACCCGUGCAACAGGGAGACCCCCAAAAAUUCUUGCACCUCUCUACUUUAGGUCCGCCACUGCGUUGAGGUGUAGGACGUGAUUGCAUGCCUGAGGAGGGGGGACAGGGUCCUGGGGGCCCCAAGCAAAUGCUUUGCCCAGGGUCCAGUCACUAUUAAAGACGGCCCUGCAUAUACGCACAAAUACGAUACAAAGCAAUUACAGUAAAAAUAACACAAGCAGAAUACGGCAGCAUACACCCCUCGAUUUAAAAAAAAAAAAAAGUAAAAAAAGGGACCGGCACUCUACAGGACAUCACAAUCUUUUAUCGGCACAGUGCUGCUAUAAGGUUGUCUACCCCUGUCCUAGAGUAAAUCAUUAUUACACUGUAGGCUCAUUUGUAGAAGGUGUUUAAUGCUACCGGCCAUGUUUGAGCAUAUUUCCUAUAAGCACUGUUUGAUGGAGGUUUCUUUUCACUCUCUGAUGUGCUAGUAUCUUGAUAUUUAUGAUAUAAUACAUAGGUCUCUACCUGGACCACCCCAUAUAGACUCAAAUACUUAGCAACUGCUUAGUCAAGCUCUCCCCAUUCCCUCUACAAUUAACCAGGUCCAAUCCUGUGAAAGUUAAAGGAACACUAUAGUCACCGAAAUUACUUUAGCUAAAUAAAGCAGUUUUAGUGUAUAGAUCAUUCCCCUGCAAUUGCACUGCUCAAUUCACUGUCAUUUAGGAGUUAAAUCACUUUGUUUCUGUUUAUGCAGCCCUAGCCACACCUCCCCUGGCUAUGAUUGACAGAGCCUGCAUGAAAAAAACAAAGUGGUUUCACUUUCAAACAGAUGUAAUUUACCUUAAACAAUUGUAUCUCUUUCUCUGUAAAUGGAACUUUAAUCACAUACAGGAGGCUCUUGCAGGGUCUAGCAAGCUAUUAACAUAGCAGGGGAUAAGAAAAUCUUAAUUAAACAGAAGUUGCAAUAAAGAAAGCCUAAAUAGGGCUCUCUUUACAGGAAGUGUUUAUGGAAGGCUGUGCAAGUCACAUGCAGGGAGGUGUGACUAGGGUUCAUAAACAAAGGAAUUUAGCUCCUAAAUCCGCACACUAAGGAGGCCCACCGGGUGGCCCAUGCACAAAGGACCACCCGGUGGGCUUCUGUCAGCAGGGGCCCGGUCGCACGCUGAGGCACUUUAACAGCGCUAGCGGGCCCCUUGCUUUUCGGCAGCAGGCUGGGAGGAAAUGACGGCCACGCAUCACUUCCUCCCACAAAGAGAGGAGUGAGCGGGAGGAAGUGAUAAAUAUAUGUUUCAUUAAUGAAAUAAAAAUUAAUUAAAUUUACAAAUGGCAGGACCUAGAUUUUAAGAACCUAUGUACAAGCAAGAUCUAUCGUUAGAUGAGCAGAAUGACUGUCAUUUCAAAGAGAUGGUUAAAAAAAAAAAAAAAGAAACACAAACAAAAAUUAUAUAUAAGGAUUGAGCAGUGAGGCUGCAGGGGCAUGUUCUAUACACCAAAAUUGCUUCAUUAAGCUAAAGUUGUUCAGGUGACUAUAGUGUCCCUUUAAGGCAUAUUAUUGGCCACAAUGUAUCUAUUUAGAGAUUCAUUUCUUUAGACCUUUUUGUAUCCACUCUUUUGGAAUUGAGUUUGUCUAUCUGCCUGGCUAUAUCAGCUUGCACUUCUUGUUUAUAAAGUUGGGAUAAUUUGUGGCAGUUAUAAUAAAGCCUAUUGGUUUAUCCACUUCAAUGAUAUUCUGUGCCUUGAUAUACAUGAUAGAUACUUUUCUCGUUCUGUUUUAGCUAUUGCUUUACUUCAACCUCUCAUACACCAGUACCCUAGAGGAAUUUCCUUGAUAAGGAUUUCCUCACUUUGCUUUUUUUUUUUUUAAUAUUAACCCCUUAAGGACUGGACUGUUUUUGCGAUGUUGUACAUUUGCGACCAGGAAUAUUUUUACACUUUUCUGGUGUUUGUGUUUGGCUGUAAUUUUCCGCUCUCUCAUUUACUGUUCCCAUACAAAUUAUAUAUAGUUUUUUUCAGGACAAAAGGGGCUUUCUUUACAUACCAUUAUUUAUAUAAUCUCAUGUAUUUUAAUUUAAAAAAAAUAAAAAAAUCUGAUGAAAAAUUGAAAAAAAUACAUGUUUUUUGACUUUUACUUGAAAAAUCUUUUACUCAUCUACAAAAGCGAAUGAAAAAAACUGCUAAAUAGAUUCCAAAUUUUGUCCUGAGUUUAAAAAUACCUAGUGUUUACGUGCUUUUUUGCUUUUUUUUGCAUGUUAUAGGGCUAUAGGUACAAGUAGGAUAUUGCGGUUUCAAAACAUACAUUUUUCAAAUGUAUCAAUAGUGACAUUGUAACACUAUUAUCUGUCAUAAAUCUCUGAAUAACACCCCACAUGUACAUAUUUUUUUUAAAGUAGACAACCCAGGGUAUUCAAUAUGGGUUAUGUCCAGUCUUUUUUAGUAGCCACUUAGUCGAAAACACUGGCCAAAGUAAGCAUUCAUAUUUGUUUGUGUGUGAAAAAGUAAAAAAACUAAAUUGAACGCUAAUUUUGGCCAGUGUUUGUGACCAAGUGGUUACUAAAAAAGACUGGACAUACCCCAUUUGCAAUACCUUGGGUUGUCUUCUUUUGCAAAUGGUAUACCAUCAUGGGGGUAAUUCUCAUUCCUGGGCUACCAUACGCUCUCAAAGGCAACGUAACCAACCUGGCGAUUUUCAAUGUAAAAAUAUUUGACCCAUGUAUUUGACCUUGUAACUUUCAAAAAUGCUAUAAAACCUGUACAUGGCGGGUACUGUUUUACUCGGGAGACAUCGCUGAACACAUAUAUUAGUGUUUAAAAACUGGAAAACGUAUCACAACAAUUAUAUCAUCAAUAAAAGUGCUGUUUGUGUGUGAAAAAUGCAAAAAAAGUAACUUUCACUGACAAUAUCAUCGCUGUGAUAUGUUUUACUGUUCUGAAUCACUAAUAUUUGUGUUCAGCGAAGUCUCCCGAGUAAAACAGUACCCCCCAUGUACAGGUUUUAGGGUGUCGUAGAACGUUACAGGGUAAAAUACAGUGCUAGCAAAUUCAAUUCUCUGGAAUUUCGGCCUGGGUUGGCAGGCAGGUCCCUCAAAUUACAAUCAAUAAAAUUACUGAAUUAUGUAAAAAUAUUACAUAAAUACGCACGUAGAAUUUAAAUAUAUAUGCAUAUUUAUAUAUUUGAAGUCUACGUGUAUAUUUAUAUAAUUAUUUAUGUAAUUUUGUAUAUGGACACAUGUAUAUUUCGUAUUAUUUUUAUUUAUUUUUAUAUAUAUAGAUAUAUAUACAAAUUCAUUCUAAGUGUAUUUUGAUAUAAAUAUAUAUAUAUUAAUUUUAAAAUACAGUUAGAAUAAAAUUUCAUAUAGCUAUAUAAUUUUUUUAAAAUUUUUUAUUAUUUUUUUUAAAAAUUUAUUUAAUUUAAAUUACUUAUUAUUUAUAUUUUAUAAUAAUAUAUAUAUACAAUCUAUAUAGUUAUUAUAUAUAUUAUAUAUAUACGUGUGUAAUUUAAUUAUAAGUGUAUUUUUAUAUUAAUAUAAGUACAUAUUAAUAUAAAAAUACACUUAGUAUGACAUUAUAUAUGAUAUAUAGACAUAUAUUAUAUACAUAUAAUAUAUGUCUAUAUAUCAUAUAUACACAUAUAUAAUUAUUUUUUUUUUUUUAAUUAACACUAACUUUAUUUUUUUUUCUGAUUUUACACUAGCAGGGAGACUGCCUGUCAGCACAGACAGUCCCCCUGCAGGCAGCACUAUGGACACCCAUUGUGACCAUGUGAUCGCUGUGUUAAGCGAUCACAUGGCCCCAGGGGUCCUAAAUCAGUGUGGGGAGACUGUCUGGGCUGCAGGCAGUCUCCCAUCAACCGGAGCAACGCUGAUCGCCGCCGGGGGAACGACGGCGAUCAGGUAAGUAACGGAAACCGUUAGGACGGUUCAGGACCGUCAUCGGUCCUCAAUGGGAAAAUCCCGAUGACGGUCCUGAACCGUCCUCGGUCGGGAAGGGGUUAAUUUCAUGUCCAGAGUGACAGGGUGCCACUCAUAUUGACCACCCCUGUUGUGAUAUCCUCAUAUAUAUACUCUCGCUCUCUCGUUCUCUCCCUCUCUCUUUCUCUCUGUGUGUAUGUUUUACAAACCUGCUCUAAUGUAUCAUUAGUGUUCCUCAUUCAGGUAAUGACUGGCUUGCACUCUCCUUCUGACAAUAUCCCAAGUUUAUGAAUCUGCUCAUUGUUUGGGCAGAGGAACUUUUAAGAAUCCUGUCAGGUAGAGACUGUUGUUGGUUCUGCUUUAAACUUAUGUCUGCAGAUAGACAAAACCACAGCUCUCAUAACUUCCUUAUAUCCUUAUCAUUUUAUCCUCCAAGUUUUAUUCCAUCUCAAUAUGGAACAUUAUACAUUCUCUAGAUCAGUCAUUCCUAAAUCAGUCUGCAAGGCAUACUAAUCGUGUCGGAGUUAGGCCAUUUUCCGUUCUGUUCUGGUGGGUGAUGCAGACAAAGCUAGGACCAGUGGUUUACCUCAAGGACUAGAGUGUGAAUCCUUCGUCUAGACUCUGAGGUUUGCCUGCAUAUGACAAAUAUUUAAAGGAACAAUAUUAGCACCACAAUCACUACAGCCCACUGUAGUGGUUGUGGUACCAGAAGCCCCCUAUCUCUCUGCUUUAGUAAGGGGUCAAACGUUGUAAUGGUAAAAGUGCUUGGGCUUAGGGUGCCCAUUAACACACUUUUCUUUAAAUAACAAGUUCCUGCAAAUCUAACUGAUUUAUUUCCUUUCAGGCCUAUCAAACCCACAGACAUCUUGUCUCCAGAAAACGGACAUGAAGUAGCCAAGGAACUAGGAAUCCCUUACUAUGAGACCAGUGUGGUGGCACAAUUUGGGGUAAAAGAUGUUUUUGAUAAUGCUAUCCGCGCAGCACUAAUUUCUAGGAGACACCUGCAAUUCUGGAAGUCCCACCUAAAGAAAGUACAGCGUCCUCUGCUGCAAGCUCCCUUUCUUCCUCCCAAACCACCUCCACCUAUCAUCCACACACCGGACCAACCGCAGAAUGGCCAGGGUCCUGCUGCUCUUUUCUACACCCCUCUUUGUACAGAUGUUGUGUUCCAGCUGCAGCGUGGACAGAAGGUUUUUGCACACAAAGUUUACCUAGCAACAGCAUGCUCCAAAUUCUAUGAACUAUUUACAUUGGAGCUCUGUGCAUCAGAGCUAAAAGAGAAGAACUGGAGCCCCAAACGUGACCACUGUCCAUUCCAAAAUGGAGGAACUCAGGGUGCCACAUGCACUAAAUGUGUGGGCGUGGACUGCCAAUGUGAAGCCACUAAUGGGCAGCUCGGUGUCUCUCCUCUCCCUCUCCGGACUUCUUUAAGUGAUAAUGCCUUGAGGGGUCAUGGAGUUGUCCCAGUAGGAUGGGGGAAGGAACUCACUGAAUGGGGCAGAGGAUUUAUCAGAGUUUGCCUGAACAUGGUGGAAGACCCUUUGACACAAUGUGAAACUCUGAUGACAGUUGUUCAAAUGGAAUCAUUUAUUCAGGGAGAGCCACUGAGGGCAGUGCUUGAGUACUUGUAUACUGGUCACUUGGAUCAGAGCCGUACUGACCUUAUGCAGGUGGCCACCAUAGCGGAGGCCCUGGAGGUGUUUGAUCUGAGGAUGAUGGUGUCAAACAUAUUGAACAAGGAGGCCUUUAUGAACCAGGAAAUUACCAAAGCCUUCCAUGUAAGAAGAGCCAAUCGCAUCAAGGAAUGUCUGAGCAGAGGGCUGUUCUCAGGUAAGUGACAAUGUACAAACUUGGAUAAAAAUUAAGUGUACAAAGGCAACUGCACAGAUUAGUAACAGUUACAACUCAUGUUGUACAUAUUUUGUGAACACCCACUUCCAGUGUCCAUGCAAGGAGGGGAAAAAGAGCAACAUUAUCUGAUGCCAGAGAGCUAGCCAAGGGUCAGACACUGGAAGAAGACAUUAAGUAAAUGUUGGGGGCAUUAAUACAUGGCUAAGGUAGAAUCAAAUGGGUGAAUUAAAGCACUGAAACUGGGCCGUGCAGAAAUUUAUCUAGGAUUGGGGCACAGCCUACAAUUUACAGGUUUUUCUUCAGGCUGGUAUGUGUUCACAUUGAGCUACUUUUGGCCCCUGUUUCACAGCCACGUGUGUCUCAUUGACAAAACACUGAUACCAGGCUGAUCCACCAUGAUUUAGCUGUGUCUGACAAGGAUGCGAUCACACAUGCAUGUAUGUUGUCUCUUCACAGCAUCCAAAACAUGUCAGCAGACCUUUACUUUCUGUAUGUUUGCUGGCAUAACAAGUGAUUCCCCAUAUUGACUUCGAUCAUUUCUCACUUUUCUGUUUCUCCCUGUUUGUGGCCAGACGUUCUUUUCACAGUUGAUGAUGGGUCUGUUCCAGCCCAUAAGCCACUGUUGAUUGCAAACUGUGACUGGAUGGUGGCUAUGUUCCGUGGCGCCUUCAGGGAGAGCUUCUCACAGGAGGUAUAGUACCACUUACGAGGCUCCAACCAUUCUUCAUUUUAAUGUUUGUUCUAGUGAUUUUAAGAGUAUGAUCAUUCCAUCUUUGGUAGUGUACGGAGGCAUGAUUAUGGGAUCAUCAAAGGCAGACCUCCGCAGGGUGACUUUAAAGUCAGAAAACCCCAAAAUACCCGAGCGAUGCGUAAUGUUAAAUGUUAAAAAUUAAAAAGCUAAGUGCAAUCUGAAUUUGAGGUCCAAAACAGAUAUUUUUAUCAUGAAAUGCUUUUGGAGUGUGUUAAUAUUUCAUCAGAAUUGCUAGUUUUGGAACUUGUGAGACAGGAAUAUGGCUCCUUCAGCCAAUGGAACGCACGAUCAGGGAGCGUGUUUUUUUUCCACGGCAAACAAUUAGCUGGCAACGCCCCAAAAGUCUAUUUUUUUUUUUUUUUUUUUUAAGUAUUUCAGGUAUGCUGAAUAGUCCUUUUGGUGUGCCACCUGUGAGAAAGUCAUAAUUUUAGUUAAAAGACCUGAGUACAUAGGAUUGUUUUAGUUAAUGAACUUAUUUAUAUCACGCUAUUGGAAAAUGUCUAGUCAUCCUGCUCAAGAAAAAGUUAGAAAUAGCCCCGUCAACUCCACGUAAACCUAAAGCAAUGGCAAAAAAUAAACCUCUUUCAGGGGCCGAGUCCAAAAUUUCCUGAUGGUAGUAAGAAAAUGCACUAUAAUAAGGAAUUGUUGGAAAAUCUAGAAAUCAAACAAUGUCUGGCUUUUUAAGUAGGUUUCAGUGUAACUUAACAUCCAUAUUAAUGGGAUAUUAAAGCAGCCAUUUUAUAGAUGCCAGACAUCAUGUGACAACACAGAAUUAAGACUCUGUCAUGCUAUCUGAUAGGUCUAAGAAAGUCUCCAUCAGAAUCAGAUACCACAGGUCUUCUGCUAGUAACCCAGAUCUAUAUCUAAAGGAUCCAUACAUUUACUAAGGAAGUAGCCAAAGUUAGGGAAGAACAACAACAUACGGAUAAAAAUACAGGCCUUCAAUACCCUCAUUUUUUUCAUUUAACUAUGAAUUGAGAAUGGAGAAACAGAAAAAACGCAUUAUGAACAAAUUGGAAAAUUGUCUGGUCUGGUAUUUUUAGGUUUAAAUGGGGGUUUACAACUAUUUAAAGUUAUUUUUGCCAGAAAAAGAAAUAUAAAAUCAGCAAAUCAAUUGCAAAAUUUUAAAGGAAUUCAAUCCACCGGCUCAGAACAUUCGGUUAUCAAAAAAGGACUAUUUUUCUGUCAAGUGACCUGGAAAAUAUUGACACACACAUAAAGCAUUGGUUGUGGUGCUCCCUCUUGAGAUAUCCACUGUCAACGUACCUAGUCAAAGGAAGACGUAAGCCAGUCCUCAAAUUACAGAGCAAUGCUGCCUAUCCUAAGACUGCUGUUUUAUUUUUUUUCUAUUAAAGCAUUUUUAAACUAUCAAAUUCAGAUGGGCAAUGAUUCAGUGGUGACAUAGUUUAUUAACCCCUUAAGGACACAUGACAUGUGUGACAUGUCAUGAUUCCCUUUUAUUCCAGAAGUUUGGUCCUUAAGGGGUUAAACAGACAAGGAGGUACCAAGUCAAACCGUCUGAUGAAUCUUUGUAGAAAAGUAAUAAUCUGGGCAGAGAGAAACACUUGAGCUUUAUUCAGAAGUCUAAUUGAGGAAUAGACAAUGACUUAGCCUGAGCCGAACAAGAAGGCAAGCAAAUCGCUAGUUACACAAGCGCAUGUUUCAGAAAUAAUGCAAUUCAGUAUAUAUGCCAGAGAUUGAUCUAAAGGCACGGCGCGACGGCCAGAAAGUAAAAAGGUUUUAUUCUCUUUACAAGGAAGACAACCUGGACAUGUUGGAUAUAAAACAGAUUCAUUGGCCUUUUCUCAAAGAUGCAUCUUUCUUCCAGUACCAAUUUUCACCAGAGUACUUCAGAAGGCAUGAUCAGAACAUGCAAUAGUAAUUGCGAUUUAUAUCUUUCUGGCCAAGAAGAAGCUAGUUUUCUGAGCUCUUUCAGAGGGCACAAGGCAGUUAUUAGAAAAUUAGAAUAACUCAACAUGAAAUAAACAUUAGGAAAUACCUCCGUUAUCAUUCUAUACGUCUAACUGCUUGGAGACUGCAAGGAUAAUCCUAGCCUCCACAUAAGGAAAAGAUUGAGAUAUUGAUGGGAUCUUCCAGGAACUCCACUUCAAGAAACAAAUUGCUUCAGGUACAGUUAUCUGCUUUCGCCUUUUUUCUCUUACAAGAUUUGUCUGGCAAUAAGUUAAUACAUAAAAAAAAAAAAAAAAAGUAAAGACCACCAAAAAUGAAUUUAAUUCCUAGAUUGGAUGCAGAUAUUGUGCCGAAUGCUCUACUUGAUCCUCAAUUUAGGCGUUUGUCAAAAUUCUCCCUGUGACAAAACCCCUAUUUUUCCUUCCCCAGAGCCAUUCUCCUCUUCAGUUCGGGAAUCUGCUUAAUCUGUGAUACCCUUAUUCGUCUACCAUUCGAGACUAUUAAAGUACCGAACACCGACCACGCCCGUGGCUCAUUAAGUUCAGAGAAACCGCAAAAAUUAAGGGCUCUCUCUGUGUGGACACCGUUCGUAUAACCGAAUGCCACAUGGUGGAGAAAACGGUGGGCAUCUUGUUGCACAAAAGCAGGCAGCGGGACUUGGUCGUCGAGUGUCUGGAAGCCCGAGGCGGACACGGAACAGCGGUAAAACUAUGCAAAUGCCUGCUUCAGUUUGCGGCAAGCCAGGAGAGCGCUGUUCGAAUGGACCUCACGAACAAAUGCUACCAAUGAGCCAGGGGAACGUUCGCCUUUUCGUACGUUUUGGGCAGGCGCCUCAUGAGCGUCGGUCAAAACUUCACCCAGUGGCAAUUCGGCUGUGUUCGUGGGAUCUGAGCGCUUUUUGGAUAUGUUGGGAGCUCAGAUCCAGGCUAUCCGGGGAUGUAUAAACUAUGGGGGUUCCUUUAUGCGAAUUAUGUAUUUUGUAUGUUUUAUAGGUAUUUUGGUUUUUUUUGUAAAAAUUUGUUGCUUUGUGCCUGGAGAUAAUUAAGUUUAAUACAGUGCUUGACUCAAUUAUCUCCCAGGCACAGAGGGAGAUGGGAGUGUCCUGGAUCUAAGAGCCAAUGAAAUUGUGUAUAUGUUUUUACUAUAGUCUAUUCUCAGGUCUACUUUGCAUGGGUACUGACAUAAAAGUCCAGUUGUGGCUGCCAAUAAACAAGUUCCUGCUUACCCUCAACAUAGUCUCAUCUCAUGUUCGUAGGGAACAGCUAUAAUCCCAGUUUUUGGGAUUGUUCUUUGGAUUGCUAUAAUCACUAGCUCUUGUAAGAGCUAUACUCUUAUACCUGCUAUACUCUCUUGGAGGAGAGGUCCAGGGGGGAGUGCCCCUUGCAUGGGGACCGGCAUAUAAGUUGUGGCUGCCAAUAACCAGAUUUGUUUUACCCUCAUGAAGUCUAGACUCUUGUUUGGAGGAUUGGAGAGCUAUAUUCACUAUAAUCACUUCUACGCUGGGGACUUGGAGAGAGCCUGCACGGAUCUACUCAGCCGGAGUAUAGGGGAUCCAUUUCACUCCCUAUAGCUGAUAUCUGUAGAGACCAUAUUCCUAGUAGCAAUUACAUCCGCAAAAAGAAUUAGAGAAAUACCUGACUUGUCAAUAUUUCCACUGUAUACUGUUUUCCAGAAGGACAGAUUAUACAGUACCAGACGGACUCUACCCAUGUGUUUUGUAUGUUUAUUGGCUGCAUAUUGGUGUGUUUAUGAUGUGCACUUAUUUAAAUGUAUUGCUAGUCUAUUUCAUUGAGGGGGCAAGGAUUCCCGGCCUUGUCAUGUUGCUUUAGACUUCCGUUGUGUGAAAUUAAUUGUAGGACCAAUGAGGACAACUUGUUUGAUCACUAGUCCCCCAUAACUGCCGUGUGAUUUGCCAGCUCUACAUGUCUUGCAGUUGCCAGGCUGCCGUCUCUCUUGUUGCUAUGUCAAUGUGGCCAUCUCCUCCUGUACCACUACACUGAUAGACUGAUUGAAAGGGCGAGCAAAUGUCUCCAACUAAUGCUUUUAUGUUGGCUGUGGUGAUAGGAGUCCCACCCUUGUCCUUCUUCGAGAUUCUGCCAAUAAUAGCCCACCAAGUAGUAGUGAUAAUGUUCCGUGUCACCUGUUUUACAUUCACAUCUUCAUCUUGGUAUGUGCGUUACUAGGUAAACAAGUGACCUAACUGAAAAAGGAACAAAAACUGUAUUCCUAACACGCAGUGCGGCAAAUGGGUAAAAACCUUUUAAACACAUACUUGGCUCUGUCGGUGUGUGAGGGAACCAAACGCACAUUUGGCCCUCAUAGGGAUUUGCAAAGAUGCUGGCAAUGUAUGCACAUGCAUGCUAAGCGUGGACGACCAGCUAUGUUUCAGGACACUGCAGAAAUGAAUCCUACUAUAUUUCUUCUAAGCAUAUUAUUACUAUUCUGUGAUUUAUUUAUUGGAAUCCAUUCAUAAAGAGUUAUUUUAUUUGUGAGAAUGUGUAUAUAUUCAUAUUCUAGUACUUACCGUUAAACAGUCAUUCUAACUACACUAAUUGUGAACUUUGAUAUUUUAGAUGUAGAAAGUAAAGUGUAAAUAAAAAAACAGGGAAAUAAGUCAUGCUUGGAACAUUUAAAAAUAAGCUCUGGGAGUUUUUGUGAAUCGGCCUAGGGAACUUCUUUUUAACCUUUCCUGCUUGUAACGUGUGGACAGCCCUAACAUACUUUCAUGUUACAAGUGGUUAGAAUUUAUCCUUGACAUCACUCCCUGGUUUUUGGUUGAUAAUAAAACUCCCGUUGAAUUCACCAAGCAGCAUGACAUAGAUUGAUCACAACUCCUAGCAGACAAGGCAUCAUCAGAUGUCAUGUUUCUCCCACAAAGAAACAAGUUAAAUUGGGGUAACAUCACAUGGACAUGGGUUGGGUUAUAUGGGUAAAUCAUGGGACUCUGUAUGCGAGAUACAGCUGAGAUUCCAUGUAACAAGUACAAUGUUACACACCAAAACUGCAUGCUUUUUACACGGUAACCUUGGAGGCAUUCAUAAACAAGAAGAGUUUGGAAAUAACAAACAGUGCAUCUAGUAGCAGUGUGCGCAAUGUUGGUGGCAAACCCAGUGACGGGUUAUUAUAAAUGGGUGCUAAUAUAAAUCCGUGGUAACACACAGCUGUGGAUAUAUUCAGUUUUGGGCACCAGUUCUCAGAAAGGACAUUGUGGGCCUGGAAGACGUGGCAAGGCAGCCGGCCCCAGACCCAUAGGUUGAUCAUUGUGCACGAAAUCUUCCCGGCUUCCUAAAGAGACCAGAUGCAUAUUUUUUUUUUAAAUCUGUGGCUUCAUGUCCGGUCUCACUUUUUUAAAACCAAGAGGGCUUCCAUCCAUUGUAAGAGGAGUGGGGUAACAUAACACAAGGUAAGUGUGAUGUGUGGUUUCUCCAAGGGCUUGUGAUAAUAAAAAAAAAUAAAAAUAAAAAAUGUGUGUGUGUGUGUGUGUGUGUGUGUGUGUAUAUAUAUAUAUAUAUGUAUAUAUGUAUGUGUGUGUAUAUGUGUGUAUAUAUAUAUAUAUAUAUGUGUGUGUAUAUAUAUAUAUAUAUAUAUAUAUAUAUAGCUCUUUUAAGCUUUCCAUUUUUAGAUCAAAAAGGAUGUUGUUGUUGUUUUUUUUGUUGUGUUUUUUUUAAGUUAAUUUUACCUUCACAAUGAAAACAGAGGUCUAAUUCAAAUGGAGUCUUUGUUCCUCCAACAAAUCCUUCAGCUGUUCGGCUGUGCAUGUGUGGACUCUGUGUUCCUGCUGCACCCGUCUGGUCUUCCAUGUUGUGCUGUACCUCCUGCUAAACAUUCCUCAUCCUUACCCUGUGUAGUCUCUCCUGCCGCGGUCUCUCUAUCCUUACCCUGUGUAGUCUCUCCUGCCGUGGUCUCCCCAUCCUUACCCUGUGUAGUCUCUCCUGCCGCGGUCUCUCUAUCCUUACCCUGUGUAGUCUCUCCUGCCGUGGUCUCCCCAUCCUUACCCUGUGUAGUCUCUCCUGCCGUGGUCUCUCCAUCCUUUCCCUGUGUAGUAGUAUAUCCUCUCUGUGCUUACAAUGUUUAGUCUCCUCUCUCUCCAAGCUAUUCCUCUGUACUCUGCUUAGGUACAUUUCUGCUUUCCUUUCCAGGUGUUUCUCCCAGGCACCUCCUCUUCCUGCCUUCGUACCGUGCUGGAGUAUCUUUACCUGGGUCAGUUCUGCCCAUCAGCUGAUCUUGACUCGAUGGAGCUUUUGGUGCUGACAAACCGGUUGUGCCUCCCUCACCUACAGGCACUAACUGGUAAGAAAUAUUCUCACAAAGCGGACACUGUUCUAUUAUCAGGGUCACGCUGUUCUAUGGGGGUCAUGCUGUUCUAUUAUAGGGGGUCGCACCGUUCUAUUAUUGGGGUCACACAACUGAAUAAUGUGGACCUCUCUAUACCGCACUGUGUACCGGCCCAUCAACCUCUCUAUACCGCACUGUGUACCGGCCCAGCAACCUCUCUAUAGCGCACUGUGUACCGGCCCAGCUACCUCUCUAUACCGCACUGUGUACCGGCCCAGCUACCUCUCUAUACCGCACUGUGUACCGGCCCAGCUAUCUCUCUAGACCGCACUGUGUACCGGCCCAGCUAUCUCUCUAGACUGCACUGUGUACCGGCCCAUUCACUAUCUCAUCCUUUUGUGUGUCUGUAACCCAGUAAUGUAACCAGGCGCUUCCUCUUGCCUUCUCGUGGUGCAUUGUGUCCUGUAGACAGAUUAACCUUGAAGCCUGAUUGCUAGCUCAAGCUGUCACCAUGGAUUGUGUUGGUUCUCUGACCACUGUACUGAUACUGACAGAUAAUCUAUAUGACCCCCCCCUAGACAGGGGGACAGCCCUCAGGUUGCUCAAUAUGGAUUAAUUUAACAUUUUAAGUGCCGGGGAGAGCUUCCAACAGACUGCUCUUAAAUCUUCUGACCAUGCUUGCCCUGUAACCAAAUCUGCUGAACUCAAAACACAAUCAACGCUCUCUUAUUGAAAUGCCAUGGGUAGCUUUGUACAGUAUCACGGUCUGUAAUGCAAGAAAUCUGAUACCCAUCCCCAGUUCUUCCAUAAUAGUGUUACCGGCUGUCCUAUUUUGUAUUCUGAACCUCUAUUGGCUGCCCAGCUCAAAUAACAGUCAUUGUUUGUUUUUCCUCUCCGUAGAGCAACAUGCCGUAGAUGAACUCCUGGCAUCCUACGUUCAUGGGGUUGAUAUCGAUGGACAGGUCCUGCGGUAUUUAGAUAUUGCUCAGGUCAGACAUUACACAGAUUUACAGUAUUUGGAUUUCACAAACUGGUGUCCACUGUUAAGGAAAAACUACCCAUAUUUUUUUUUUUUUUUCUAUAGGGCUCAUUAAUAAAAAUUAAUUUUUCAGGUAUGUAAUGCUCCUGACACAGUUUCACCCAUUACAUAAGAUGAGUGAUAGGAGCCAUAGUGCGGCUGCUAUCCUGUUACAGAGUGAACCAAGGCUGCAUGCUACGAUCAGCAAAGCCGCACACCUCGCAUGCACAGUACAGAUCCACUUUCCAUCUGUAGAGAGCGCUCAUUCCAAGUUGUGCAUUCACAUGUUACCAUCUUAUUAACCCCUUAAGGACAAGACUUCUGGAAUAAAACGGAAUCAUGACGGAAUAUGUCCGUCAUGUGUCUUUAAGGGGUUAAAUUAACGGAAGAUUUUGUCUGCCUGAUUGGGAGCUCUGUUUUGGCAGUCAAACCAUUAAAGGAACACUAGGGUCAGGAACACAAACCUGUAUUCUUGACCCUAUAGUGUUAAAACCACCAUCUAGCCCCCCUGCCUCCUUAAAUAUAGUGAAAUCUUAUAUUUACUCCAGUCUGCUGCCUCAUUGUUCUGCUCUAGUCUGCCUGCUUGGCUGACAUCAGACGUGUUGAUCUGGGCCAAUCACAAUUCUUGUCCAUAGGAUUGGCUGAGACUGGCCAAUUAGCAUCUCCUCAUAGCGAUACAUUGAAUCAAUGCAUCACUAUGAGGGAAGUUCAGUGUCUCCAUGCAGAGGGUGGAGACACUGAAUGGCAGUCACACUGUGCAGAACUGCCCCAGGAAGCACCUCUAGCAACCAUCUGAGGAGUGGCCAGUGGGGGUAUCCCUAAGCUGUAAUGUAAACACUGCAUUUUCUCAGAAAAGACUGUGUUUACUUCAAAAAGCCUGAAGGGAAUGAUUUUACUCACCAGAACAAAUACAACAAGCUGUAUACUAUACAAUAAGCUGUAGUUGUACCAUCAGCUUCCUGCUCUGCAUCCUGGAACAAGCUGCUCUGAGGUAGCCCAGUGGUGCAAGGCUUAGCUCAUUGGUUAUCAGCUGACACCCUCAGCUAAUGUGUUGCAGGGCGUGGCUCAGUAGAGCUAAUGGAGGCUGCAGCAGAGCAUUAGGUAACUGGUGCACACAUGGCACCGUAACCACUACAGCUCCAGAAUAAUUAUUAUAGUGUUAGGAGUAUUCCUUUAAGCAAGCUCUGCGGGACUGUUUGAAGCCAUUACCAACUGUGUGACUACAGAACAGACUGUGUAGCAUGGAUUAAAGCUAUGCCUGCUCUGCGACAGGCUAUGUGCGUGUAUUACAGACUGCGGAAAAUGGAUUAAGGCUAUGCAGUCUCUGCAGCGGGCUGAAUUAAGGAUAUGCAAGCUCUGUGCUGGGCUGGAAUAAGGCUAUGCAGGCUCUGCACCGGGCUGGAUUAUGGCUAUGACAGAUUGCUGGAGGAGAAAUCCAUGACAUACACUGUGUGCUAUGUACUAAAUGUUUCUAAGGCUGCUCCUAUUAAACGUGGUUUUAAACUUUGUCUGUUUUUCUUUCCGCAGUUCCAUAAUGCCAAGCAGCUGGCAGACUGGUGUUUACAUUUCAUCUGUACCAACUACAACUCCGUCUGCCGCAAAUUCCCGCGUGAGAUGAAGUACAUGUCACCAGGUAACAGUGUAUUUAAUGUCCAGUAAGAAACCGAGGCUGGUAGUAUCUGAUGGGGGCAGGGAGCCGAUAACUGUGUGUGUGCGCGCAUCCGAUGGAGGGGGGGCUGUAACAGAGCUCCCCGUACUCCGACUGAGUACCCUCCGUUGAUGGACGCUUCCUAGCUUACGCCGAGGACCACAAGCACCGCACCGGACACUGCAGACUCCGCAACCGCUGUAGCUUGACUGGAGUCUCGCCGUCUUCCUUCCACCCUGGAUCAGCUUCCGGAUCAGCUUCCGUGUGGGAAAGACCUCUUCCUUUCACCCUGUAUGAACCUCCAGCAUCCAGGACUGUGUGGGGAAGACCUCUCCUCCAAGGAGAGCAUGUCAGGAACAAGCUCUUAAAAGAGCGAAGUGAUUCAAGCUCAGGGGAGUAUGCAGAACAUAGCAAGCCUCAGUGUGAUUAUAACAGCUCCCUCCAAUAAUGAGACAAGGCUACGUUUAGAGGGAUCAAGAAGAACUGUCUAAAACUUUAUUUUACUUUGGACUAGCCUAUAUGGUCAUCACAUUAACAUUGCUGUGAAAACUCAAUAAAAUCACAAACCGUCAAACCAUGUCAGGCAACACACAGUGACUUAUCACAACACAAUUGCACAUUUCCAAGUAGGUGGGGGAGACAAUAACUAAUAGAAAAUAUCUCACGUGUCUGCAGAAUUGGCAAUAUGCAAAUCUACCCGAAUAUGCAAAUGAACCAGUCUUGCUAUUCAGGUAGUGCAUAUUGUUGUUGCUACCAACAGAGGGCACUAGACAAGCUCCAUAGCCAAAUCCACCUAGUUGGUAGCAAACCUCAGCAGUACAGGAGAGCAGGCAAUACAUUACACAGUACACACACACACACUAUAAACAUUACACACAUCCUGCACCUAUAAUGGGUACAGGGUGACUAAAACAUAAGAGAAAUAAAGCAACCUACAUAAAUGCUUGGGGCGGAAAGGGGUUUUGCGGCUCAAUCACACGGGAGGGCGCGAAACCCCUAUUGAACAAGUGCUCCUUCUGGGAUUGGUCGCCCGCUCCCUGCAGUGAUCAAUCAGCGCUUUACUCGUGCCGACCAACCAGGAGAAUACUCCGGUAUCCGCCAGGGAGAGCAUUCGCCUGGGUAGCCACGAGCCUAGCCUCGUAGCUCCCAUGUUUGAAAGUGACAGUGAUGAUUAUAGCCGGUUAGGAUGAUCUCUGACACAGGGAUUGAAGACAGUCUAUGCAGGCCGGUUCGGGAAUCGAAUGCUCCCCUUGGUGGGCAUUCGGUACUACGAACCGGCGUCCACCCAGGGGAAGCAUGUGCCACUCGUCCCCUUCCGGUCUGCGUUUUUUCACACCUCGGUAGUGAGGUGUGAACAUUCUAAGUAGGGGUGGUCCGGUGCACGGGGCUCCAUGUGCUGGAGCGCCCCGGGGUGGUCAAAAGGUAUAUUACAGGAUUUUAUGGUCAAAAUUUCAGAGAGAGGAAUAUUAAAGAGGGGAAACACACAUUCUAGGAAGGCACCUCCAUACAUAUAAAACAAGGCAAUUCACAGUUAGGCAGUGGUCCCGCCACACCAUGCUAUUGAGAUGAAGUGUUCUGAGUGAUUAGCGGUCCUUUAAGAAUAUUGCCCAGUAAGCCAUGUGACUGUAUGUGUUUUAUUAAGGCCAUCUCUCUCUUCGCAGAGAAUAAGCGUCACUUUGAGUGUCACCGCUGGCCGCCUGUGUGGUACCUGAAGGAGGAAGAUCGUUAUCUCCGCUGUAAGAAAGAGCGUGAGCGAGAAGAAGAGAUUCUGCGCAAGCAGCAAAGCAAGAGCAAGUGGUGUUUCUGGCGUCCCACCUCCUCUGUGUCCUGAGUCCAGAGUUGCCUUGCUGUAUGUGCCUUCCUCGUGGGGCCCGCACCAUGGAUCUGCUGCUAGGAGAUGCAUGUACUUGUGCCAUGGUUUUAAUGCUGCUCUAUACAGGGAUAUUGCUUAAUAUAGAAAGCAUGGAGGGGAGCCUGGUUAAAUCUGUGGUCACUGUUGUAAAUCGGUUUACCUCUACAAGCAGUGAAACCAAUACUUUUGGAACAUGUUUCAGCUUCCAUCUCGGGUCCCGGCUUGUUCCGUUGGAGAGAGCAGGGUUUAAUAUAAGUGCCAUUCAUUUAUUAAUGGGUAAUGUGAGUUAGCCCAAUACCAAUAAACCUUGGGCCUGAUUUUUGGCACGAUCAGUUCCAUUAAGGUCCUAUUUUAUCUGUAACAGGUCUAAGAAUGCCAUUUUAAAAGAGGGUUUAUCCAGCCUUUGUGCGUGUAUCUUAAAUUUUACCAUUCUCAUUCCUAAAUUCCUACCCCAAAAUGGUCCUAAAAAUACUGCACACCCCUCUACCCAUAAUGACAUGCACCCUGCUUCCAAUAAUGAGAUCCUAAAGUUCUUCACACUAGGGGGCAUGAGAAGUCUACCUCUGUCCCUUCCACACGAUCACAGAACCCAAACUUAGUGAGUGUCCAUAAUAGAAGCACGUGUGCACAUAUAGUCCUGCCUUUCUGUGGAAAGACGAAGUGCCAUACUCUGUAUUGUUCUACAUACUAGCAAAACCACCCCAUAAUAAUCUGAACUGUGCGAGCCACCUCUGCACAUGUUCUGUUUACUAACCUGAAGGAUUAGCCAACUGUCAGGAGAUCUAGAGAGUAAAGUGAAUUGCUGUUCAGAGGUUGUAGUUAUGUAGGUGAGCUCAAUAUUUGGAAGUAUAAGGGACUAGAGCGGAAAGAGUGCUUUAAAUGAACAAUAUUUUCUCAUGGUACUAAUUUCUACUGUUAUACAGAGCUGGUAAGCUUGUCCACGACAUCAUAUUGUGUGUCAGUAGAUGACCAUACCCACACCAUUAUAUAGAGCAUGAAAAGAUACUCGCCACCAUUAUAUAGAGCAGUAUGGUCAUAACUAGAUACUAUGCACCAUUAUAUAGAGCGGUGUGGUCAUAACUAGAUACUCCCCACCAUUAUAUAGAGCACUAUGGUCAUAACUAGAUACUAUGCACCAUUCUAUAGAGCACUAUGGUCAUAACUAGAUACUCCCCACCAUUCUAUAGAGCACUAUGGUCAUAACUAGAUACUCCCCACCAUUAUAUAGAGCACUAUGGGCAUAACUAGAUACUCUGCACCAUUAUACAGAGCGGUAUGGUCAUAACUAGAUACUCUGCACCAUUAUAUAGAGCAGUAUGGUCAUAACUAGAUACUCUGCACCAUUAUAUAGAGCACUAUGGUCAUAACUAGAUACUCCCCAGCAUUAUAUAGAGCACUAUGGUCAUAACUAGAUACUCUCCACCAUUAUAUAGAGCAGUAUAGUCAUAACUAGAUAUUCGGACCCAUUAUACAGAGCGUUCUGAUCAUAACUAGAUAUUCGGACCUAUUAUACAGAGCGGUAUGGUCAUAACUAGAUACUCUUCCCCAUUAUAUAGAGCGGUAUGGUCAUAACUAGAUACUCUUCCCCAUUAUAUAGAGCGGUAUGGUCAUAACUAGAUAUUCGGACCCAUUAUACAGAGAGGUAUGGUCAUAACUAGAUAUUCGGACCCAUUAUAUAGAGCGGUAUGGUCAUAACUAGAUACUCUGCCCCAUUAUAUAGAGCGGUAUGGUCAUAACUAGAUACUCUGCCCCAUUAUAUAGAGCGGUAUGGUAUUAACUAGAUGAUACCAUUAUUUAGAGCAGCAUGGUCAUAACUAGUGUAAAUAGAGAUACUCUGCACCAUUCUAUAGAGCAUUGUGGUUUUAACUAGUAUACAGAGAUACUCUUCAGAACUAUAGAAUGCAGCAUGUUUGAUGUCAAGGACUAAUCUGCAUCUCUAUAAGGCACCGUGUGAAGUUUGUAUUUAAGGGUAAAGUCUGGCAAUGGUUGGCUAAUUAAGCCACAUUAUCAUUACCAUCUGUGUGAUCAUCUACGGUAUUGAUGAAGUGGGAGAUACACGGACCCUUACAGCCACAGGAGAUACUCCGCUUCCACAGAUACUUUGUAUCACCUCUCUCUUUAUCUAAGCUGUAUUAAAUGGAGUCAUUGUUGGCCUCCAGUGUUAGUGGACAUACAGACGGACGCCCAGUAUGGUUAUAAAGUAUUGCAUGUUUAUUGACAGAUAUUGGGAAACUCACCACUGACGGACAGUAUUAAACUCUGCUGCAUGUUGUGGAGGGUCUAAAAGUCCUGAUACUCGGUACUAUUGUACAGGGCUAGCUUCAUAAAGUGGGGGAUGUGGGGUUUUAUUACUGUUUUGUAAACUGUAUUUUCUGCCUGAUUCCUUCACCUAUGUUGCCAAAACACCAGCUUUGGUCCCAGUCACAGAGUGUAGUGACGGUGACACUUUACUUUGUCCUGCCCCAGCUUGCACUUCUUCUCACAUGUUUACAGCACAAUCCCGCCUUGCAAAAAAUAUAUAUAUUCCGUGUCACAACUUAGUGACCUCUCUGUGCCUUCUCUAACCCAACCAGAAGGGUCUAAUCCCUUCAUUUUGGAUUCCCCUGCGGUGAUUAACGCAAAAGUAGAGUGAGAAAAACCUCUAUCUCCCACUUGUGCUCUUCAAACUUUGGCACCAUGGGAGUGGCUCCUAGACGUGCCAAGGACUCUGCUUGGAUUUUGUACCAGACAUGGGUUUUGUACUCCCCUAUUCUGUAGGGGUGUGUGCUAUUAUUUUCCGUGACAGUUCGUCACUGUAAUGAGAAGCUGGAGAAGUUCGCUUUCAGUAGACUCUACAAGUUCUUUAAUUUUCGUCGCAAAAGUUACAUUUGACCAUUUGUUUGAAUCGAGAGCCCAGUAAACUUUGACACCUCAUACUGAAUUUAGAGCGAUAUUUAUUCCUAGGUUCUGCAGUUUAAAGGGACUCUCUAGUGCCAGGAAAACAUCCCUCCCUUCCACCCCCCAUCCUAUGUUGCUGAAGGGGUUAAAACCCCUUCAGUGACUUACCUGAAUCCAGCGUGGACUUCCCUCAUCGCUGGGUCAGGCUCCUCCCCAGCCGGUGGGAGAGACCUAAUGCUUUCCUAUGGGGAUGCCAGCAACGCUCAUGCAUAGCGUGAGGACGUCCAACGUCAUUUAAAACACUUUUCCUGUUUUAAGAACACGGAUAGUCCCUCUAGUGGCUGUAUGAUAAACAGCAGCUAGAGGUGGGAUUAGCCCUGCAAGUGUACUUAUUGCAGUUUAUAAAAACUGCAAUAAUUACACUUGCAGGGUUAAAGGUGGUGGGAGUUGGCACCCAGACCACUCCAAUGGGCAGAAGUGGUCUGGGUGCCUCGCAUUAAGUUGAGUUGACUCUUCUGAUAAGGAAGAUGUGCUCUAUGGGUGACCAAGUGUAAUUUCCAUUGCUGCCCAAAAGCGUUGCAUGUAGAUAAAUGGCAUAUUUUGUGGUUGGUUUUUGCUAGAAGGUGAAGAACAAAGCUUUCUGAUCGUUUUACCCAAUAGAUGAGGAAUUAAGCUCUGUGACUGCUUGGCUUUUUGAAUUGGUUUUGCUUUGAGAUCAGGAGUUAAACUUUGUGAUUAGUCAUUCCUGUUUUUUGGGGGGGAGGGGGUUGGUUGCCACUUUUUUGGCUAAGCAUUAUGAUGAUUUUUAUUUAUUUAUUUUACAGAUGUUGUGUAGUGUGUGGCAGUUGGAUUAUUUUUAUUUGGCCAUAUUAAUUGGAGCAUAGGUUCAGAUUUUAGGGCAAAAGUUAGCCAAAGCCACGCAGAGCGUGCCAUUCUCACAAAUGUUUGCUGUGAUAAGAUUGACUGUCACAUAUUAUUCUGUCAAUGAUGUGAAGAACUUCUACGUAUCUGUAUGCCACAUUGAUCGGAAGGACUGCCACGUAUCGGUCUGUCACACUGAUAGAAAGGACUGCCACGUAUCUGUCUGUCACGCUGAUAGGAAUAACUGUCACAUACCUCCGUGACACGCUGAUAAGAAUGAGUGCUACAUCUUUGUGUGUCACACUAUCGGAAUGACUACCAUGUCUCUGUGUCUUUAUUGGCGCAAAUUCCACGUUCAUGUAUGUCACGCUGAUUGUAGCUAGGGCCGUGUCUGUGUCAGACUGAUUGUAGCUUGUGUGUGUAUAUCAGACUGAUUGUAGCUAGCGCCGUGUCUGUGUAUGUCUAAGAAUCCCUAAGAGGGUUCAUCCAGCCUCUAUCACAUCUGUCACGCUGGUAGCAGAAUGUACGGUAAACUGUAAUGCCAAAUGUAUAAGUACCAAUGUGAUGUGGAGAGUGAAUACUGAGCAUUUGUUUGUGAUGCUAUGACGAGAAUGAACACUGUGUGUAAUGGAAGUGUGCAUAUGUUGAGUGUCGGAGUGCAUGUGAUGCUGUGACUGAUUGUGGAGAACGUGUAUGUGGCACUAAUUAGUGUGAAUACAUGGUGUAGUUAUAUUACAUGAUGAGUGUGCAUACAGGGUGUGGGCUUGGUGUGUUGCAAUUUAGAGUGGAUACAGGGUGUGAGGUGUUGCGAUAAGUGUAGAUACAGGGUGUGGGUUUGGGGUGUUGCGAUAAGUGUGCAGAUACAGUGUGUGCCUAUGUAAUGUGGUCUGGGUACACAUGUGGCUAUGUGGGUAUGGGGAGCUGUGAUUGGUGUGGGUACAUGGUGCUGUAGUGAGUGUGGUGUGAGAUUGUGUUGCCAUGAAAGGUAUGGGUAGGUGUUGGUUUAAUAAUUGUGGCUCAGCAGUGAAGGGUCUGAAUAUUAAACUUGGUGCUCUUAUCUUGUUUCAGCUUUUGACACUGCAUGGUUGUAUUUUGGCAUGCACAGGAUGAGGAGAGCUGGUGGUACAAAGCUUAGUACAUUAAAGGAACACUUUAGAGACAGGAACACAAACAUGUAUUCCUGACUCUCUAGUGUUAAACCCACCCUUUGUGACAUCAUCAACAUGGCUGAUUUUUGCCUGUCCAAAGCAUUGAAUUGGCUAAAAUCGGCACGGGGGCGGGGCCAAAUGCCAUUUUGGCCAAUAAAGACCUCCUCAUAGAGAUGCAUUGAAUCAGUGCAUCUCUAUGCGCAAUAUUCAGCAUCUCCAAACAGAGCGUGGGGACGCUGAACGUCAGGGCUGCUUUUUCGGAGGUGUCCCUAGGGGCAAUGUAAACAAAAGGCAGUUUUUGUAUGGAAAAAGCCAGAAGGCAAUGAUUUUACUCACCAGAACAACUACAUUAAGCUGUAGUUGUUCCGGUGACUAGAGUGUCCCUUUAAGAUUUAUCACAGGACGGUGUUACCAUCCCUGUUCUUGUCCAGAUGAGGAGCACAGGUGAGAGAUGGAGGAUUUCCUCAGUCUAAGGGCUGUUUCUACUCUCUAUGUUUAUAAACUGUUGAAACCUUUGUACAUGGUCUAUCUUGAGAAUCUGUGUGUCACAACCACGGCGUAUUCUAUAAUAAACGUUUUUUACUCGUACCAAGCAGUCCAUGAUAUUUAGUUGGGAAAUAACAAUAGACUAUUUACAGAUGAAGACCAUGUGAAUGCGUGAUGAGCAUCUCCUACCAGGGCUCCUUGAUAAACAGAGAGGAACUUGCUAUUACACUAGUUGACCCCUUCCUAAUUUCCUCUGUUUUUGUGUUAAAUACAUGUUUAUUUAAUGUAACUAUUGCAAUGUAAGUACAUGUCCCUACCGUAAGCAAAUCUGAUUGGAUAGCAUGGAUAAUGGAGAGGUUUUUUUGUUCUAGUAAUGGGUCAUCUUACUACUAAAGAAUACAAAGAUAAUUUAGAUAAUUGGGUGCUUCCAGG